AUGAAUCCCAAUACACCAUUUAGUGGACAGCCACCUGGAGUUUUCCAGACUCCACCUGGCACUUCAGCAGGAAUAUUUCCAGUUCAGCCACCGUUCCAGUUCAGUCAGCUUCCUGUCUUUGGGCAGAACAGUGGUGGACUGUUAAAGAAUCCAGGGUUUGCACCCCACUCUGACUUCACCAUAACUUCAGGACUGCAACCUUCAGGGCAAGGUUUAGGAUUUGGGCAACCCCCAGGAUUUACCCAGCCUUUUUCCCUUGGACAAACAACUUCCUUUGUGACUUCUCUGCCAACUAGCUCUUCCAUUGCUGGCAAGCAAGGAUUCAAUUUUAAUCCACCUACGAAUCUUGGGGGUUCCCAGAAUACUUCUAGCUUUGGAGCUACGUCUGGAGAAACUUCUGGCAGUAGUUUUGGGAGGCCACAUUUCAGCUUCAAACCCCCCGAGAAUGCUUUGUUUCAGCCUAUCUUUGGCACUGGUUCAGAACAAGAGAAACUGCCAAAUCAGAUAACGCCAACUCCAUUCACAUUUUCCUUACCAGGUGCUAGUGGAUCUGGAAGCGUAGCCCCCUUUGGUAUUUCUCAAGAGAGCAGCAGUUCAAGUGUAAAUACAAGCAUCAGCUUUUCAAAACCAGCAAGCAGUAAUACUUUAGUGCCUUCAUUCAGUAGUCCUUUACCAAGCAAGAUCACAGAGGAUGAUAAAAAAAGGCCAGUAAGUCUCUUUGGAAACCCUGGUAGUUUUACCUCUUUUUCUAACUCAUCUGUUGGCUCUUUGGGUCAAGUUAAUAAAAUAAGCAAACCAGAACAUGAAGAAUUGCUACCUUCAGGUGAGUCACUUCCCAUCCUUAGGAAGGGAAAAAAGAGGAAAGAAGAGCAGGAGCCUUCUCCAAGAAGACAUGAUUAUGAUGCUGUGGAUGAGCCAGAGCUGCUGGCAAGGAGCGAACAUUCUUCUGUUAAGCCCCCAGUCAAGCUGAAUCGGCCCCGUGGAGGUGGCCUCUUUAACAGAACAUUGCAAGAUAUGCUGAAAAGCAAUAAGAAGGAGUCCAAAAUGGAAAGAGUUUCUCUAGAAUCUGGAGAAAUUGAGCAGACGAGUAUGGCAGGGGGAACUCAGUCUAGUUUUGCAAUGGUUAGGUCAUCAGCAACAAAGAAAAAGGAAGAAAAUAAGGCAGCACUGAAGGAAGGUAAGCAUCAACCCCACCCCCAGCAAGAAUUAGUAUAAUGAGAACAUGGCAGUCACUUUUGAUUUAAAACACAUGCCACAUGCUUUUGCUCAGCUGGCAUGUGUCUUUGGACUGCGUUGAUGCCUUUUGCUUUCCUCCAUAGAAGACAGAGAGGUUGUGUCCGUACAUAUGUCCUCCCUCCCUCCGACCUUCUUUUUUUUUUUUAAUAAGAUAUUUAUUAAGAUUUUCAAAAUAUUACAAAAUAAAAAUACAAAAAAGAAAAAAUACAAAAAAAUUUAGUUAAAACCAAGUCAAUCUUUCCAUUACUUAUUUUUCAUUAGCUUGUUUCCCGGACCUCCUCACGCCUCCCUUUUUUGUAUUCCAGUUCAGUUUGUUGGUUCAGCAAAUCCUUCCCCUCUUUGUUUAUCCUAAUCUUUAAUCUUAAAGUAUUGUAACAUUAAAUUUUUACCUGUUAGUAAUCCAUUUUUCAUAUUCCCUUAUAAUAUUUCAGCUAAAAACCAUUUAAUUUCUAUCCAACAUCAUUCUAACAUUCAUUAAUUUUACAAUAUUUCUGUAAAUAGUCUUUAAAUUUCUUCCAAUCUUCUUCCACCGACUCUUCUCCCUGGUCUCGGAUUCUGCCAGUCAUUUCCGCCAGUUCCAUAUAGUCAAUCACCUUCAUCUGCCAUUCUUCCAGAGUGGGUAGAUCUUGUGUCUUCCAAUACUUUGCAAUGAGUAUUCUUGCUGCUGUUGUGGCAUACAUAAAAAAAGUUCUAUCCUUCUUUGGCACCAGUUGGCCGACUAUGCCCAGGAGAAAGGCCUCUGGUUUCUUCAAGAAGGUAUAUUUAAAUACUUUUUUCAAUUCAUUAUAGAUCAUCUCCCAGAAAGCCUUAAUCCUUGGGCAUGUCCACCAAAGGUGGAAGAAUGUACCUUCAGUUUCUUUACAUUUCCAACAUUUGUUAUCGGGCAAAUGGUAGAUUUUUGCAAGCUUGACUGGAGUCAUGUACCACCUGUAUACCAUUUUCAUAAUAUUCUCUCUUAAGGCAUUACAUGCCGUAAACUUCAUACCUGUGGUCCAUAACUGUUCCCAGUCAGCCAUCAUUAUGUUAUGUCCAACAUCUUGUGCCCAUUUAAUCAUAGCAGAUUUCACCGUUUCAUCCUGAGUAUUCCAUUUCAACAGCAAGUUAUACAUCCUUGAUAAAGUCUUAGUUUUGGGUUCUAACAGUUCUGUUUCUAAUUUUGAUUUUUCCACCUGGAAGCCAAUUUUCUUGUCCGAAUUAUAUGCCUCCAUUAUCUGAUAAUAAUGAAGCCAAUCUUGCACUUUGUCUUUUAGUUUCUCAAAACUCUGCAGUUUCAAUCUGUCUCCCUCUUGUUCCAGAAUUUCCCAAUAUUUCGGCCAUUUGGCCUCCAUAUUGAGCUUUUUCAGUGCUUUCGCUUCCAUCGGUGACAACCACCUUGGGGUUUUAUUUUCCAAUAAAUCCUUAUAUCUUAUCCAGACAUUAAACAAUGCUUUCCUGACAAUAUGAUUCUUAAAUGCUUUAUGUGCUUUGACCUUAUCAUACCACAGAUAUGCAUGCCAUCCAAAUACAUUAUUAAAACCUUCUAAAUCCAAAAUGUCUGUGUUUUCAAGAAGCAGCCAUUCUUUCAACCAGCAAAAAGUUGCUGAUUCAUAGUAAAGUUUAAGGUCUGGCAGGGCAAAUCCACCUCUUUCCUUUGCAUCUGUUAGUAUUUUAAAUUUUAUUCUAGGCUUCUUGCCCUGCCAGACAAAUCUAGAAAUAUCUCUCUGCCACUUCUUGAAACAGUCCAUUUUGUCCACAAUUUGCAAUGUUUGAAACAAAAACAACAUUCUAGGCAAUACAUUCAUUUUUAUCGCAGCAAUACGACCCAGCAGUGAAAGCUUCAAAUUUGACCAAAUUUCUAAAUCUUUUUCACUUCGGCCCAGCAUUUUUCAUAGUUGUCUUUAAAUAAAUUCCCAUUUGCUGUCAUGUUAAUCCCCAGGUAUUUCACUUUCUUAACCACUGUUAAGCCUGUCUCAUUCUGAAACCUCUCUCUCUCAAUCGGUGUUAAAUUUUUCUCUAAAACCUUGGUUUUUAACUUAUUCAGUUUAAAUCCUGCAACCUGACCAAAUUCUUGAAUCAGUUCUAAAACCCUUUUGGUACUAGAUUCUGGCUCCUGUAACGUCAAUACUAAGUCAUCUGCAAAUGCUCUCAAUUUGUACUGUUUGGCUCCGACUUGUAUACCUUUAACCAACUGGUCCCUUCUAAUCAUAUUCAGCAAAACCUCCAGGACCGAUAUAAAAAGCAAUGGGGAGAUUGGGCAACCUUGUCGUGUCCCUUUUUCUAUCUUAAAUUCUUCCGUCACCACAUUAUUUACAAUUAGUUUAGCCUUUUGUUCUGAAUAAAUUGCACUUAUACCGUUUUCAAAGCCUUGGCCUACCCCCAUCCCCUGUAGGUUCUUCUUCAUAAAGCUCCAAGAGAUAUUAUCAAAAGCUUUCUCCGCGUCCACAAAUAUCAAAACUGCUUUAGUAUUUAUGUUCACUUCUAAUUUUUCCAAAAUAUUAAUUAUAUUCCUCAAAUUGUCAGACAAGUGUCUUCCCGGGAGAAAGCCCGCUUGGUCUUUAUGAAUCUCUUCCAUCAACACUUUUUUCAAUCUCUUGGCCAAAAUAUCUGCAAAAAUUUUGUAAUCCACAUUAAGUAAUGAUAUGGGGCGGUAGUUCUUAAGCUGAGUCUUUUCAGUCUCUGUUUUCGGUAUAAGUGUAAUAUACGCUUCUUUCCACGACUCUGGUGCCCUUUUCCCUUCCAAUAUUUCAUUGCAGACUUCCUUUAAAGGUUGUACUAACCACUCUUUCAAGGAUCUAUAGUAUCUAGAAGUCAGCCCAUCCGGUCCUGGAGAUUUGCCUAGUUGCAUGUUUUGAAUGGCACCUUCUACUUCCUGUUCAGAUAUUUUAUAGUUCAACAUUAAUUUGCUUUCUUGAGAGAUUUUUUGUAAUCCAUUUAUCUUCAAAAAUCGAUCUAUAUCCAUUUCUUUCUGUGGCCCUUGUGUAUAUAAUUGUUUAAAGUACCUCUGGAAACAGUUUCUAAUCUCAGCUGGGUUGUGUAUGUUCUUUCCUUCCACUUCUAAAUUUGUAAUAGUAUUUAAUUUUUGUCUUUUUUCAUUUGCCAAGCCAGCAAUUUCCCACAUUUAUUAGCUGAUUCAAAUGUUUUUUGUCUCAUUUGUUUAAUUUUCCAUUCUAUUUCCUGAUUCAUCAUUUCCAUAUAUUGUACUUGAUAUAACUUUAUUUCUCUCAAAAUCUCCUGCGACUUUGGUUUUGCUCUCAAUUUCUUCUCACUUUCUUUUAUUUUCUCCAAAAUUUUAUCUUUCUUCUCAUUUUGGCUUCUCUUCUUUAUUGCAUUCUGUUGUAUCAGGAACCCUCUCAUAACCGCUUUGCUUGCGUCCCAGAUUACUCUUUUCAACAUUAGUGUUCAUAUUUAUCUCAAAAUAGUCUCUCAAAGUUUUUUGGGCCUUCUUAAUCACAUCUCCAUCUCUAAAUAAGGUGUCAUUCAUCCUCCAUCUGAAGGAGCCAGUUGAUAUUAGUUUCAUCUCCAUCCUUACAGCAUUAUGGUCGGAGCAGGUUUUUGGACAAAUUUCCACUUUCUUUAUCUUUGGUGCCAUUCCUCUAGUUACCCAUAUUUGGUCGAUUCUAGUCCAUGUCAUCUUGGCUUCAGAAAAGAAAGUUCCCUCUCUUCCCAAGGGAUUCUUUGUUCUCCAAAUGUCGACUAAGUCCAAGUUGUCUGUCAUCUCAAAAAAAUGUUUUUGGUAGUCUACCAUCCUUGGUGACUACCUGUCUUUGUGCCUUAUCCAUAUUUGUAGAUACUACUCCAUUCAUAUCCCCCCAUCAAGAUCAAAUUGUAAUCCAAAUAAUCCAUUAAGGUCUCAUGCAACUUUUAAAGAAUUCAGAUUUCCCCUCAUUCGGUGCAUAAACUCCUACUAUCAAAAAUUUCUCUCCUUGAACUUGAAUUUCAAUUGCCACAAAUCUUCCUUGAUCGUCUUUAAAAAUGAAUUUCGGUGAUAGUCUCUCCUUUGCAUAGAUCACUACUCCUCUUUUUUUAACUUUGUCAGAUGAAAUAAACUCCUGUCCCAAUCUCUUGUUAAUCAAUACUUUCCUAUGUAGCCUUAUCACGUGUGUUUCCUGUAGGCAAAUCAAGUCCAAUUGUUCCUUUUUAGUAAAUGAAACACACUUUUCCUUUUCCGAGGAGAGUUGAGGCCAUUACAAUUCCAACUUAAUAGUUGCAGAGCCAUGAUGUUAUUACUUUGCUUUACCUCCAACUGCACCAAGUGUUUGUUCUUGUUCUGUCGGUGGUGUCACUUUCUCUGAACCAUGCAAUCCAAAAGAUAAAUUUGCUAUAUCUAAUAUUCCUCUUUCCAGUGCUUUUGGCUCUUCUCCAGAUUCCACUUCUUUCUGUAAGUCUUCUCCGUGGUCUUUCAAGAAUCUAUCUUUAUCGUCGACUGAUCUUAUUUUUAUCUUUCUUCCUUUAUAUUUAAAGGACAGGCCUUGGGGAAAUUCCCACCUAAGGAUGAUUCUGUUACUUCUCAGCAGGGCAACCAGGUCUCCGUAGUUAAACCUUAAGUCCAAAAGAUGUUUUGGAAUGUCCUUAAAUAUCUCCACACUUGACUCAUGUAUUUCCAAAGUCUUUCGGAAGUGCAGAUUCAAGAUUUUGUCUCUCUCCUCUUUUGUUCGAAGGGUAAUCAAACAGUCUCUCACCUUGUUCUUCUUUCCUCCUCUUCCAAGCCUAAAUGCGUUCACUAUCUUAAAUUCUUCCUUCCCCAAAUCCUGUUGCCAGAAAUCUGCAAAUUCCUGCGUAAGAAAGUCAGUCAAGUUAUCUUUCUCAAGUUCCGGUACAGCCCUGAUUCUCAAAUUCGUUUGUUUCUCCUUCAAUUCAAUCAUGGACAACGUCAACCCGUGGUCCUCAAGUUGCCUAUAUAUCGGUGGUAUCUUCUCUUGAGUAGCAGUUGCUAUGUCCUUUGCUUCUUCAGCUGUCUUUCGGGUCAAAGCAGAUUCCUGUAACAAUUUCUCAAUAGUCUCUGUAUUGGUGUUCACCUUCUGUCCCAAAUUAUUAAUACUUGUAGUAUUUUGGUCAAUUUUAACUGAUGCUUCAGCUACUUGUUUAUUUGUUUCAGCUACUUGUUUACUUAAAUUUUCCAAAGAUUCAUUAAUUUUUCCUAGUGCCAGAGCUAAAACGUCUUCAGACGACAUUCCUUUUGGUUUAACUUGUAAGGGUGCAGCCCCUGAUAAUCCAGAUGGUCCAGAAGGGCCAGAUGUUGAAGCUCUUCGCUGCGACCCAGUAUCUGUACGGAAAGAUCUGCCAGACCUGGUAGUUUUUUCCUGAAUCAACUCUAACUUUCCUCUUCCAUCUGCCAUAACACUCUCAUAGAAGUCCAAGGUCAGUCCCACGGCUGGAAUUUGUUUUGAAAUGGAAAAUUCCCCUAGCCCAGUUGUUAUUGUAGCAAUAUCAAACCUCCUCUAGGGGGACACAGUAACAGUCAAAGCUUGCAACUUUAAGAAGAAAGUAAUCUUUAUAAAUCCCCCAAUUCACAAAAAAGCAACAGUUUCAAUUGCACUUAAUCAGUUACUUUAAAACCAGGUGAAGUCCAGAAACACUGUAUCUCUCUUGCAGAGUUAGCUGUCAAAAGUACUCUAUUUACCAAUAGUGCUUUUCACAGAACGGCAUUCCUUGUCCCAAGGCAGUCCGUUCCCAGGUUCUAAGCGGUGGAUUUUAGCUUCCUUUCCCUCUUUUUUUUGCAGAUAAAUACAGUUCAAACCUUUCCCCCCUCUCCUGCAAACCGGAGGGGAGAUCGCUUUUCUGAUGUUAGGAUUUGCGUCCUUUUUUCAAACGUCUUUCAAAGUUUCCGCUUACAGUCUCUUUGCUUUGAUCUGUUUACAAGAAACGGAAGGCGGACUUCCUGUUUAUGCCUCCCCGCUUCGGUUCCGAAUUAUUGUUUUUCUCCCUUUAAAUCCAAUUUUAUCCUACUCACGGGUAGUUACUUUUGAAGUCGAAUUGUCCCAGGAAAAAGUCAGCGCUCUCCGAUAACGGCUGUGCGGCUUCACUCCGCGGAAGAAGCAGUCGACUCUCAGCACCGCGCCGCUCACCCCGUUUCGCUCCGGAGCCCAAAAAUGGGUUCCUUCGCAGAUUGGGGGGGGCGCAAAAGGUGCCCGCCGAGUCCCACGUUCACAGGCUUCACCCGCCUGUGACUUUUGGAGGGUCCCCGCUUCGCCGCAGCGGUGCAGACCCGAUCCCACGGAGCUGGUCCCUCAGAAAGUCAGAGGGAAUCCGCCAUUACCGAUGGCGCCAACCCGGAAGUCCCCUCCCUCCGACUUUCACAUGGUUGGACGGUAGCCUGGUUUACCAUGAUCUGUCUUUUUCUCUUCCUCUGGCUCUGCUCAUCCCGGGCAAGUGGGCAGUCCCUGGAAGGUUGCCCAUUUUUUCUCUGUUUUGUUUGUUGUUUUACAUUCAUUAUUCUGUGGUGUCUACUUAAUAAUAAAUGCUUUUAAAAAAAAUCUACAUUAAUGUUUGAUAUAAUGAAAGGCUGUUUCUCCCCUAAAGAGUCUACCAUCUCCAACCCUUUGCGUCGAAAUCAGAACAGGGGGAGCACAGAGAGCCUUGGAGGCUUGUCAUCAAGUGACCUUACAGUCAUCCAGUACAAAAAUAUUCCGGACCAUCUAAAUAGCAGAAACGUUCUUGAGAAUCACUUGAAGAAAUUUAUUCGAUUUCAACGGAUCCGUACCAAUGUAAACAAAAAGCUGGCUAUUGUACACUGUUUUGAUCAUGUGAGUUUUUAAAUAUUAAUAGAAAAUCAGAAGUGUUAAGCUUUUACAUGCAUAGUUUUUGUACAGAUAUGUGCUAAUGUGGUGAAGCAUGGGAAACAAAUAUAAUAAAUCAUGAUGAUGAUGAUGAUGAUGAUAAUUUAGAAUUAUUCCCACUACAGCCUCUCGUUCUGGAAAUUCAUGGGUUGACAGAUAGACCUUUAUAAUAUGGAAAAUGUUGGUAGUAGGGUAAUGUUAGCUGCACUCUAACUUAGGGCACAAGUCUUGUUGAAAGCAGUAGGAUUUCAGGGUCUGUGACGACGAGAUGCAAAUAUUGUGGGAAUGACCAGCUCAAACGUUUCCUGCAGUUGUUUAUUGGCAAGUAUUGUCUGUUGCUCUAUAUAUUCAUAGUAAAAAUUGCAGCCUUCUCAAUAGAAAAGUCCUGGGGAACAGUAACAGUAAUUUUCAACAAAUUAAGACAGGAAAGCCUUGACAAUACUAGUGUUUCAGAAUGAAUUUAGUUAUUUCUGCAGACGCAGCACCUUAGAGACAAGAAAUUGCACACCUUGCAUAGAAUGCAGAGGAUUUAUAUUGGAUGCAUUCCUGAGUCUUGGCACUUGACUAUCCAUCUGUUAAGGGUGGCAAGUAGGUUCACAGUGGGACACUGGUUUCAGGGAUGCAUUGGGAUCACUUAUCAGAUGCAGUGGGAACUGGUUCAAAAAGGUAACACUGCACACUUAAUGAGGGGAAGCAUGCUUUCCUAAUGCCUUCCUAAAUAAUAUUUGGUAAAGUGGCAACGUGAACCUCGGUUUAUACAAGGUGGACACAUUUUGUGUCACUGAAGUGGCAUUUGGACAGAUGGUUCUUAUAGAAUUGUAGAGUUGGAAGGGACCCUGAGGAAUAGCCUGGACACAUAAUAUUGUUCUAAAAGGGCCAUUGCAAUACGCAACUUUUUAACAUUCUUCUUCAAAAUGUUCUCUGAAGGUUCCUUUUGUGAAUGUUCCUCCUGUUCAUUGUGAGGACAUUUUUUCCACACAGUCAUGGUUGGGUCUAUUGCUUCUAACAAGAGGUGGUUUCUUGCAUAUUUGCAGUUCACCUUUACAGAUUUUUGGCUAUGUUUUAUUCCUUGUGCGCUAUUCUAAUUGCUUUUCUGCUUAGUUGGCCCCUCCACUGGGUGCAGUGCUUUCUCUUAAGUGGGCAUGUCAGCUAUAGUUUAUCUCGCACUGAGAGUGGGUCCUACCAGAGAAGAAGGUGGGAAGCUCUGUAUAAGCCCUGCCUCCAAAGCCUAUAUGGGGGAAUGGUCUUCACAAAGUUGUUAUCCUGUCUCCAAAGAGAAAGGACACUCACGGUAGGUGCGGUGUUUAGUUGACGAAGUUAUCAGGUAUGUGAUAUACCAUUCUAACCCCAACUGGCCCUUCUACUGAAUACUGUUUUUCAGGCAUCUGCAGUUUUGGCUAAGAAGAAGGCUAAGGAGUUACAUAAAGAAAUAGUGGCCUUUUGGCACAAGAAGAAAGCAAGUAAGUUACCUAAUUAUAUACUUGUAAAAUGCCUGCUAGUGGGUUGGGUUUAUGUUUCAGAGGGAGGGUCCUCUGCAGUCAUGCAUUAUACUGCUCUGAAGCGCAGCAGAGGCCACCAUGGAGAGGGGCUGCUCCGGGGUGGCACCCUCCUUUUGGGGUGCUCUCUACCUCUUGCUUUGAGUGCCUUUUUGUUUCCCCAAACUUUCUGCCCUUUCACUUUGGUUGAUGAGUUUUGCUUGGAUCCUGCUUUCUCAGGGUCGCCCCCCCCCCCGAGCUUUAAUGUAUUAGACGAAAAUCCAAGCCCUGCCUCUGGCACAGCAGUACUUUAUGGAGCCACAGGGCCAGGCCACAUCCAUGGCUAGCGUGCAAAGUGUGUCAUGGGGAUGGGGGUGGCCACAGCAAGAUCACUCCAGCAGCUUGGUCGAAAUGAACCUUCCACUAUAAUUUAUUCCAUGGAAACUCAUUGUUAGAACUGUGUAAGUUUCAUAAAAAGGGACAAAGGGGGAAUCCAGAAAAAAAGUGAAAAUCUGAUAGAAGCAUGGCAUAAAGGAGUGCCCCAUAUUUGGCUUAGAUGUGACCGGGUAGAUGCCAGUAAACUGAUCAGUAAAAUGCUUCAGAAGCAAAGUGGUACAAUGCACUUCAGUGCCAUUAAAAUCAAUAGGGCUGUGUUAGCGGCUUUUGAUACCAUCUACCAUAACUUCCUUCUGGACCGUCUAGAGGAGUUGGGACCUGGAGGCACGGUCAUACAGUGGUUCCGCUCCUUCCUCCUGGUCCAUGUUCAGAAAGUGGUGUUGGGGGAUGAGUGUUCAGACCCCUGGGCUCUCACUUGUGGGGUGCCUCAGGGUUCCGUCCUCUCCCCCAUGAUUUUUAACAUCUACAUGAAGCCACUGGGAAGGAUCAUCGGGGUUUGGGCUGGGUGUCCAUCAGUAUGCAGAUGAUACCCAGCUCUACCUCUCUUUCAAAUCAGAACAAGUGAAGGUGAUGAAGAUCCUGUGUGAGUGUCGAGAUGGUUGGAGGAUGGAUGGCGGCUAACAGAUUGAGGCUGAAUCCUGACAAGACAGAAGUACUGUUUUGUGGGGACAGGAGGCGGGCAGGUGUAGAGGACUCCCUGGUCCUCUGUGGGGUAACUGUGCCCUUGAAUGACCAGGUGCGCAGCCUGGGAGUCAUUCUGGACUCACAGCUGUCCAUGGAGGUGCAGGUCAAUUCUGUGUCCAGGGCAGCUGUUUACCAGCUCCAUCUGGUACGCAGGCUGAGACCCUAUCUGCUCACAGACUGUCUUGCCAGAGUGGUGCAUGCUCUAGUUAUCUCCCAUUUGGACUACUGCAAUGCACACUAUGUGAGGCUACUUUGAAGGUGACCCGGAAACUACAACUAAUCCAAAAUGCGGCAGCUAGACUAGUGACUGGGAGCGGCUGCCGAGACCACAAAACACCGGUCUUGAAAGAUCUACAUUGGCUCCCAGUACAUUUCCGAGCACAAUUCAAAGUGUUGGUGCUGACCUUUAAAGCCGUAAAUGGCCUUGGCCCAGUAUACCUGAAGGAGCUUCUCCACCCCCCGAGGGCCUUCUGGCGGUUCCCUUACAGCGAGAAGUGAAGUUACAGGGAACCAGGCAGAGGGCCUUCCUGGUAGUGGCGCCCACCAAGUGGAACGCCUCCCACCAGAUGUCAAAGGAUAAAACAACUACCAGACUUUUAGAAGACAUCUGAAGGCAACCCUGUUUAGGGAAGCUUUUAAUAUCUGAAGGACUAUUGUAUUUUAAUAUUUUGUUGGAAGCCGCCCAUCUGGCUGGGUAUUAGUAUUAUUUCUAGUAAGAGUUGGUUCAUUGGUUGCGUAUGAAUAAAAGGUCCCAUGUUUGAUCACUUGGUUUAAUCUCUAGUCUUCUAUGUCAUUCAAUUUGCAAAGGUCCUAAUAAGAAAGACUAUUCCUCUAAGGAGCAGAAGGCAGACGAAAGUGAAGGGAGGCAGGCCAGUGAACAACUGAGUCAUCAGCAUUCUCCACUUAGCAAGUCCUUAAUCCGUUCCACUGGUAGCGGAAACUUGUCAAACAAAAGGUAUGUGUCCAUCAGUAGAGUCUUUCUAUAAAAAUUAAUGUACUGUAAUGCAUUGGUCGUAAGUACUGUUAUUGUUAGAUCAGAAAUAGGGAAUCUGUGGCCCUCCAGAGGUUGUUGGACUACAACUCCCAUCAGCCCCAGCUGAAAUGACCAGUGUUCUGGGAUAAUGGGAGUUGGGAGUCCCACAGCAUCAGGAGGGCCACAGGUUCUUCAUCUCUGAUUUAGAGAGAGAGAGAGGUUUCAAACAGGAAAAUCUAGUUCUGUUAUGUAGUGGCAGUUUGAAUAUAAGGGCAAUUCAUGUAGAGUAGAUUUUAGAAUGGUGUCAUUGAAGUCAUUGCACUUGAUGUGGUCCACUGCAGGCAGAAGGAUCAGCAAAGGACAUAACAAAACAAAGGAUGUGGCAGUCAACAUGGGUUCCAGGUUGACCCAUGAGGCCGUUCCCCACAAACCACAUCCACCUGCCACACACCUGACCUGUUCCUUUGCAAGUGAAGUCUCCUGUUAGCACUGAGCUUGCCUGUUCCAUUUGGAAAAGGCUUGCAUUCAAAUCACCUCAUUUUCAGAGUUGUUGGAAACAGAGCAAGCCUCUUGGAAGACAUGGUCCAGGCACGAGUCAACUGACUGGUGCUGGGAGCACACCUUCAAAGGAGGUUGCUGUAACUGUCGCUUACAGCAAAUCCCCUUUGAACUUUGGCAGUUGUCAAGUGCCUCAUGUCAUCAUAAUGUCAAGCGACAGGUGGGUGGUGUUGCCCCCCCAAUCAAAGGUUGCCUGUGAAAGGAUUACGAUCUGAAGAUCUGGUCUGCCAGCCAGAUCCAGUUCCAUGCCCCAUACCCUUGUGUUCCGUGCAGUUUACAUGCUCAACAUGUCAGGCUGUUAUGGGGAACUGGAGACUUCUGUGCGUCCUGAGUCCUGCCUAGCUCCUUCCUUUCCACUCAGUUGAGGAAUGUGAACUUGUUUUAAAAUGUCCUUCUUUUGGUUAUAGUUCUCCAGCUAAGAAGCAAGGCCUUAAAAAGUCUCUGCAGUUUGAAGCCUAUGCCUUUGACUCGGGUUCUGAAGGCCAUGGUCCAGAGAUUUUUGAAGCCUCGGCAUCCUCUCUUAGCAGCCUUGUGGGCCUAGUGGCUGAGACCUCUGAGGACAAAUAUCGUGUUCUAGACCAGAGAGAUAAAAUCAUGCGGCAAGGUAAGAGUUUAUGAAUUUGGAUUGAAAAAAUGUCUGGGAUACAUACAGGGCUGUCCAGGUGAUUCACAUCCACAAUGUGAGUGGGUGUGAAUGCAUCACACAGCUGUGUAAAUAUCACCACAAAACAGUCAUGGGGGAGUACGGGAAAACAUUGAAUUAAUUCAGCCUGCACAUAAUCUAAAUCUCCUGGGAUCAUAUUUAGGAUUUAAUUGACAAAUCAGUUAGUUGACUAAUAUAAUUUAACUGACUAAUUAGUUAACAAUAUUAAAGAAGUACUCCAUGUUAGUCUUACAUGCUGUAUAAAUAUCAAUUUUCCCCGAAGACUGAAGGUAUGGAACUAAAAUAUUUCCUUUGGGGUGGGGUGGGGAGCAAAAAAAUGAAGAUACUGAAAACUGUUAACAUAGUAACAACACAAUCCUAACCAUGCGUACUCAGAAACAUGCCCUAUUGAAUAUAAUGGGACUUACUCCCAUGUAAAUGGGGUUAGGAUUGUAGCCUAAAUUAGAACGCCCAAAGAUAUUUAGCAAUUUCCUAUAAACCCUUUCCUCAUGUUCUCUCCAUACAUUCCUUCAGCAUGUGGAAGGUGUGUGUGUGUGUGUCCGUGUCCCCAUUCUCCGCAUGUUCAACAAGGUGAGAAGGCUCUCUGUGCUUACAACUAAAUGCCCAUAAGGAGUUUCUCCCAAUCAAGGGAGUCGGCCUCCUUGGUCUGUGAUGACCUGGAAGUCUUAUGCCUGGAACAGUUAUGCCUGGUAGGUGGGGGUGCAGUCAGUAGUGACAAAUCUGCUCCACCUCAGGUGAAUGGAAUACUGGAAGAAGGCUACAGUCUCAGCUCAAGCAGCUGUGACAGAUGACCAUCCAACCUCUGCUGAAGAGCCUCCAAGGAAGGAGAGUCCACAACCUACUCAGGGAGUCGGUUCCAUGUUCAACAGCUCUUACUGUCAGAAAGUUUUUCCUGAUUUUGAGUUGGAAUCUCCUUUCUUGUAACUUGAAGCCAUUGGUUCGAGUCCUACCCACCAGAGCAGGAGAAAACAAGCUUGCUCCUUACAGUAUUGAAGCUGUGCAGAUCACCUGCAUUCUGCUCAAGUAUAUUAUUUGUUUAGUAAAAGAAUGUGUUUUUUUGAAAUGGAAAAUUUUCCAUGGGAAAACUUUUGGUGGGAGAAAGUUUUCCAUCCCACAACAUUAUCAUUCUUCCUGACAGUAAGAGCUGUUCGACAGUGGAAUUUGCUGCCAAGGACUGUGGUGGAGUCUCCUUCUUUGGAGGUCUUUAAGCAGAGGCUUGACAACCAUAUGUCAGGAGUGCUCUGAUGGUGUUUCCUGCUUGGCAGGGGGUUGGACUCGAUGGCCCUUGUGGUCUCUUCCAACUCUAUGAUUCUAUGAUUCUAUGAUUCAUAGAGAAGGGUCUCCCAGAGGGUUGCCUGUGCAUGUAAAUGGAGUGUCACUUUAAAAGAGGAAAACAUAGCUAGAUCCUGGCCGUUAUAAAGGCUGGUUCAUUCUUAGAAACUCUAUAAAAAGGAUUCCCCCCCUCCCCCCCCAGUUAGAUGAUCAUUUGUACCAAGUUAACAUUUUUUCAUGAUAAAUGCAGAAGAUCCCCCUGGGGCAGACUAUUGAAACUUUGAUUUCUUUCUUUUUAAGCUCGAGUAAAACAAAUAGAUCUUGGCAAAGCUAAAACAUUUGUUGGCACAUGCCCAGACAUGUGUCCAGAAAAAGAGCGUUAUAUGAGAGAGACGAGGAACCAGCUUAGUAUCUUUGAAGUGGUCCCAGGAACUGACAAGGUAGUAUUGAACAAACACUUUUUGUAUUAAGGUACUGCUACCAAGGCCAAUACCGAGAACAACUUGGCCACUUAUUUAUUAUAGUUCCAUACUUAACGGAAAUAAAACUUUGUAAAUUACACCCCCCCCCCCAUCAGCCUAACUUGGAUUGAGGCCUAGAAGAGCAUGGAAGCUAAGGACCGUUGAUUGGAGGUGAAAAAUGAGGGAGGGAAAAUUGGCCUGAUCAGUCCCAUAGCGGCGGCUUGUAUCCUGUGCUGUCUGCAUGUAUUCCCAGAUGGAUAUAAGUAAAGUGGUGCAAACCAGCCAUAGUUAAGUUUAACAAACCUUUGAUUUCAUGUUAUCUGAAAAUAUUGACAGAAGUCAUUUAACUUCCUUAGUGAAGAUUGAGAGUGAUUGGUUAAAAAGAUUUAAACAAUGGCAAAAAUAUUUUUCAGUCUCAUCUUGCCUGGCGCAUGGACCAUGCCUGCAGAGGUGUUGCUGCUGCUGCUGCUGCUGUUGUUAUUGUUGUCAUCCUUAAGAAUUUAUUUUGUUUUCUCUCUGAGGUUGACCAUGCAGCAGCAAUAAAGGAGUACAGCAGGUCUUCAGCAGACCAGGAGGAACCUUUACCACAUGAACUGAGGCCUUCAGAGGUGUUGAGUAUGACCAUGGACUACUUAGUGACGCAAAUUAUGGAUAAAGGAGAAGGAAACUACCGGGAGUGGUACGAUUUUGUAUGGGAUAGAACUCGUGGAAUAAGGAAGGUAACCACUUUGGGAUGAAGCCCUUAGAUUUGACAGGAUGCAAGCUAGACUCAUCCAAAUUAUUGAUUAGGCAUCUGUGAAUGAAAAAGGAAUCCUGAAGUUGCCAACGGGGUGCUGUUUCAUAUUUCACUUUGGGUGGAGGGUGAAAGACUUGGGUGGCUAGGAGGGUACAGGGUUUAAAGGGCUGCUCUUUCAUAUGCACAGAAUUGAAUUGCAGGCAGAGGAUCUUCAGAUCAUUUGUUGUGCUUCUUUUUUUUAUCUCAUGACGGUAGCAGUGUGGUUAGCACAUCCCAGGCAAGCAGCUUUGUUUAUUUAAAGAAUAUAUUUGUAUCUUUGGCAUGUUUCCAACAGUUAGUUACUAAAUUUGUAGCACUUAAGUUCGUUAGAGUUUUAGAUGCUUCUGUGGCCAUGUCAUAAAUGGUAUGGUAUGGAAUGAAACAAAUAGAACCAGCACAAACACCUGUAGGAGCAAAAUGAAGCCACAAAAGUAUGUAAAUUCUUAGAGGACUUACAAUAAUAGCCUCCUGCAUUUCUGCCAUUUCCCUCUUGGACUUAGUGAGGCUGAAAAACAAAGUUUCCUCCUCUCAAUCUAGAGAAGCUUGCCUUGUGCCUCCAGUAAUGACAUUUCAGCACCAGGCCUCUUAAUAACUCUAUCCAUUAGCAUUGUUGAUGUUUUAUUUUCGCCUCUGCAAAAUAAUGGUAACUUGGCCCGUUUUAGCCUGAAUUUUCUUGGAUUGAUUGUUGGGGUUUUGAUUUGAGCCUGUCUGUAUUAGAUUUUGUGGCUGAAUUUUGUUGUGCUACUGGUGGAUUGGGUUUAUUGAGUCAAUAAAACUCAGUAAAACCAUGCGCAUUUUUAUUUUGUCUUACUUGGUGUUGCCUAGAGAGAAUUCUUAGUAGGUGACUCAUAAAUGGACUACAAACAAAUAAAACCCCCAAAUAUAGUAUCUUUCAUAUGCUUAACUCUGCUAUCUUGCAUGCUGUGUAUUCCCAUUAUAGAGUUUCCCCUCCACCUUUCCAGCAUAUGUCUCCCAGUGGGACUCAUUUUGCCUGCCUUGCAGAGAAUAUUGAGGUCUCAUUUUCUUGUAUUUUAUUCAUUACAUCUUUUAUUUUGUUCAUCACAUCCAUGCUGCUUCCACUUGUUUCCUUUAUGCUUCUUCUCCCCGCCCCCCCCCCGUCAUGUAUGACCUGAUGCUUCUAAACUUCUGUCACCAGAUUAAAAUAAGGUGAGCUCUCUAGGGCAGCCUUUCUCAAUCUUGGGUCCCCAGAUGUUCUUGAACCACAACUCCCAUCUUCUCUGACCGCUGGUCAUGCUGGCUAGGAACGAUGGAAGCUAUAGUUCAAUAGCUUCUAGGGACCCAAGGUUGAGAAAGACUGCUCUAGGGUAUGCCACCUAGCCUCAUAAACUCUCAAGAGUUUUGGUCUAGGAUCAUAGCAGUUGUGCCAGGAUGUCUACACAUAGCUGUAUAUGACAAAGCAUUGUCUUGGCUUUGAGACUUGUGCAGUCUUUAAAAGGUGCAACAUGAAGCAUAUAAGUAGAAUUGAAUAUCUGAGUUCUUGUGCUCUUACAUUUUGCCAGGAUAUAACCCAACAACAUCUCUGCUGCCCUGUAACUGUUUCCUUGAUGGAGAAAUGUACCCGUUUUCAUAUCCACUGUUCCCACCAUUUAUGUGAAGAGCCGAUGUCUUCUUUUGAUGCCAAAAUCAACAAUGAGAACAUGACUAAAUGCCUCCAGAGCCUGAAGGAAAUGUAUCAGGACCUUGCAAUCAAGGGUAUUUACUGCAAGAGUGAAGCAGAAUUCAGAGGAUAUAAUGUUCUCCUGAAUCUCAACAAGGGGGAUAUUCUCAGGUAAGUCUUAAAAUAGUUACAGGAUUGAUUUCACCUCUUCCCUUGCCAUUAUUUGUAGAAUUGGUAUAUAAAUGCAAAGGAACGUGAAGUACUCACUGUUAAGGUGUAAGACUAUCAUUCUGUGAUAAUUCUGUAAAAUUGAAGUUGGAAAAUAGCUAAGCCCACCCAAUCUAAUAUUUGUCCAGAGCCAACUACCCACCAGUUAUUUUACUUUUUGUCCUAUGCAAGUAUAUUGUUUCUAGUCAAGUGUUAACAAUGAAUUAUGGUCUGCCUCUGACAGGAAUGGGGAACCCUUUUCCUCUAAAGGGCCUACUGACCAAUAAUAAAAGCCAAUCAGAGCAGAGCCAUGGGUGGAUUGAGACACUACCUGUUGUCUCUUUCUGUAACCCCCUUCCAAAGCAGCCACUUCCUCUUCCAUCUCCUGAUUGUCUAGCUGUGUGUGCUGCAUGUGCCAUUGAAGUUUUCAGGAAUUGGGCAUUUGCUUGCAUAUUUACAAGUGGCUGAAAGAUUUUCAUUUGCCAUGUUUCCUGAGGUAUACAGCUGUCUGGGGAACUGUGCCAGAGUGCCUCAUGCCCUUGGGAGUGCUCAUGUUAGGCUCCCCACCCCCAAAAGGAAAAACCUUUGCCUAGGCAAGCACCCCAUCCCUGAAAACUGCAAUGGCAAAAAAGAAAGAGAGCUUUAUAAGUGAUCAGGUCAGGUUCAUGAUGCAUUUGAAGAAAAAUCUCUGUCAGCAUUAUUUCUUUCAAUGCUUAAAAAGACAAGGACAACCUCCUCCCCUCCAGCUUACCUGUUUUUGUGCUUGGCUUCUCUCUAAAUAGCUGUUCUUUAUCCUCAUAUCUUGAGCCUCUUGUUCAGUGUGCUCUAAACACAGUGGCACUGAUAUUCUUCCUUCUUGGAAGAAUCAAGGAUUUUGCUUUCAGUUCAUUCGAAUAAAUCAGAUUUAGAAGUAAAGUCAGAUCCAUGUUCACAAACCUGCAGCUAGACUUUGGCAAGGAUAUGCUCUGCAAAGACGUGCAAAAAGCAGAACAAAACAUAAUGUAUUUUGACUCCUGAACUUCCUUAAAGACUGACAGAUGCAUUAAAAUACAUGCCUUCAUCAGUUUCAGCCCACUUCCUUAGAUGGAUAUAGAAUAAAAAGAGAAUACUAAACCAUGUGACCAAAAGGCUGAGAGAAGCCCUUGCACUUCAAUCCCUCUUGGCCACGAGAUUAACAAUUAUUCUCUUGAUUCCUAUGUGUGCUCCUGUCCCAACCAAGGAUAGCUCUUCAUGCUUCUGAUUAAAUGGACUGCAUUGGUUUAGCUACCUCUAGUAUUAGUUAAAAUUAAUAAUAUAAGUAAGUAGUUUUUUUCAGAUACAUAGAUGUUGAAAUAAAUGUUUGAAUACUUCAUCUGCAGCAAGGGGGUCUUCAAUUUAAAUGCAUGAUACUAUUCAUGGAUUUUAAGCCUAAGGCCCUGUGUGUUUUUACUUUCUGCAUUUUUGUGUUCAACAGAGGUAGCUUCCAUCAUUAGCAGUAAAGUAAGAAAAUCGUGUCCCUCUUUGUCUCAACAGAGAAGUGCAACAGUUUCGUCCAGAUGUCCGAAACUCCACUGAAGUUAGAUUUGCAGUUCAAGCCUUUGCGGCUUUGAACAGCAAUAACUUUGUAAGGUUUUUCAAACUUGUGCAAACAGCUUCUUACCUGAAUGCAUGCUUGUUACACUGCUACUUCAGCCAGGUAAGAAAUGGCAUUUAACUAAGAAAAUACUGAGGAAGGGAAAACCCAUAUUUUGCAUUUCUUAUCAUCCUAAAAUAUGUUGUCAGUGGGUGUUUGGUGGUUUUUUGUUUUUGUUUUAACAUUGCAAAUACCCAAGAUAGUAUGGUGUUAGGCUUGUAAGUCACAGAAUGUAUCACUUUGGGGUACAAUUCCAAGACCCAGGCUUCCCCGGGUGUGUGAGAGGGGGCCACUUCCAUGACUCUGAGCACUUGAGGACACCUUGGCUGCCCCUUUGCUGUAAAACUGAAAAUCUUGCAUUGUUGAGGCCUUUGGCCAGAAGAUUCUGCAACAGGUGAUAACAGUGAAUUUGUUCCCUUACCCUGCUGGCCAAGAAUGGAAAUUUGAUUUACUUUGAGGGUUUUUUCUGCCAGGACAGCAGGCAAACCCUCUUCAGGCCUGUAUUCAUUAUCUGAGGUGCAGUGUAUUCUCUUGGUUUCCACAGUAAUUUGCUCUGGUGUUGAUAGGGACGCCACUGAAAUAUUUCCUGUCCUAUUUUCUGUUUAGUUUUUCAUUAAAUGUAGCUUGUUCCCAUUGGAAUGGCUUACGUCUGCCUUCUACUGGAAGGUGAAUCUACUGGAAGGUGAAUCUACCGUAUUUUUCGCCCUAUAGGGCGCACUUUUUCCCCUUCAAAAAUGAAGGGGAAAUGUGUGUGCGUCAUAUGGGGCGAAUACAGGCUUUCACUGAAGCCUGGAAAGCGAGAGGGGUCGGCGCGCACCGACCCCUCUUGCUCUCCAGGCUUCACGAAGCCCUGCGCAACCCUCGGGAGCCCGGCGCGGGAGGGAGAUUGUUCCUUUUGGGGAGCCAAAAUGCUUUGUUUGAUGGAAUGAUUGCUUUAGUGCAAUGCUGAAUUCCUCCCAUGGUGUUCCAAGGUUUAGUACUCCUGGGGGUUCAAAACAUGUUGAAAGAAUCACCUGCUGCAAUUUGGGAAAAGUUGGUAUGUUGGAGCCUCAGACAAAAUUGGUUAAGGUAUAUAAAGUGAAAAGAAAAGCACCUAUAAACGUAACCACCUCUUCCUUGUUAUUGCGAAACAUUUUAUGUAUCUUCAUUAAUUUUUUAAUUUUUAAUGGGAGCUUAUAAAAUAUUUUUCAGAUUCGUAGAGAUGCUUUAAGGUCUCUCAAUAUUGCUUAUACUGUGAGCACUCAGAGGUCCACCAUCUUUCCUCUCGAUAAUGUGGUCCGCAUGCUGCUGUUUAAAGACUUUGAAGAGGCAACUGAUUUUAUAAGUUACUAUGGCUUGAGUGUUUCUGAUGGGUAAGUGUUACCGUAUUUUUCGUUCUAUAGGACGCACCGGCCCAUAGGACGCACCUCGUUUUUUUGGGGGGGGGGAAUGAAUAAAAAAUUAUUCCCCCCUACGGCUGCCGCCCAAAGCCUCGCGUGCUCGGGCUGCAGGCUGCCGCCCAAGCCUCGCGCGCUCGGCGGGACCUCCACCGGGCGCGCAAGGCUUGCAGACACUCGCCCGAGCACGGGAGCCCUCCGGAGGGCUCCCGUGCUUGGGCGACUAGCUGCCGCCCCAAGCCUUGCGCGCUCGGCGGGACCUCCUGCCGGGCGCGCAAGGCUUGCAGACACUGCGCCCGAAGCACGGGAGCCCUCCGGAGGGCCCCCGUGCUUCGGGCGACAGGCUGCCGCCCCAAGCCUCGCGCGCUCGGCGGGACCUCCUGCCGGGCGCGCAAGGCUUGCAGACACUCGCCCGAAGCACGGGAGCCCUCCGGAGGGCUCCCCAUGCUUCGGGCGACAAGCUGCAGCCCCAAGCCUCGCGCGCUCGGCGGGACCUCCUGCCGGGCGCGCAAGGCUGCAGACACUCGCCCGAAGCACGGGAGCCCUCCGGAGGGCUCCCGUGCUUCGGGCGACAGCUGCCGCCCAAGCCUCGCGCGCUCGGCGGGACCUCCUGCCGGGCGCGCAAGGCUUGCAGACACUCGCCCGAAGCACGGGGGCCCUCCAGAGGGCUCCCGUGCUUCGGACGACAGGCUGCCGCCCAAGCCUCGCGCGCUCGGCGGGACCUCCUGCCGGGCGCGCAAGGCUUGCAGACACUCGCCCGAAGCACGGGAGCCCUCAGAGGGCUCCCCGUGCUCGGGCGACAGGCUGCCGCCCCAAGCCUCGCGCGCUCGGCGGGACCUCCUGCCGGGCGCGCAAGGCUUGCAGACACUCGCCCGAGCACGGGAGCCCUCCAGAGGGCUCCCGUGCUUCGGGCGACAGGCUGCUGCCCUAAGCCUCGCGCGCUCGGCGGGACCUCCUGCCGGGCGCGCAAGGCUGCGGACACUCGCCGGGGCUGCAGGCUGCUGCCUGCAAGCCUUGUGAGCCCGCGGGAACUCCCACCGGGCUUGCAAGGCUUGCGGAUAGCUUCCUGAAGCCUGGAGAGCGAGAGGGGUCGGUGCGCACGGAUGCCUCUCGCUCUCCAGGCUUCAGCGAAGCUGCAUUCGCUCCAUAGGACGCACACACAUUUCCCCUUCAUUUUUGGAGGGGAAAAAGUGCGUCCUAUGGAGCGAAAAAUACGGUACAUAGAGUUCAAGGAGCCUUGGUUUAUCCAGGAGCUUUUAUGAAAACUGUGGUGCAAAGGCUUUAAUAGAGAAAGAUGGAUUUUAGUGACUGAAGCCGGCAUCUCCUUCAGAAGGGUCAGUUCCCUGCAUUAACCUCCUGUGUCCCACACAUAUCACAGAGUGGAAAGAAUAAAAUCUUUACAUUAGAAGUGUGGUCCUAACUUGACUUAGAGCUUCUCCCUUUUCCAUUGUUAAACACCUCUCUAAUAACCUAUAAGUGUAACUGCUUUUACGGGUUGUAUUAGAGGGUUCUUGGGCCUUUGACUCUAAUCUUGACUGAAGUUGAACCAGAAAACAGUGGUAAGUAAUGGCUGGAAUCUGGGCAUCACAAUGGCAUUCUCCUUUAAUGGAGUUAAGAUCCAGAACCGUCUGGUUUCAUCUCUUUGCUCAAAAAUAAGGAAGCUUGUGUCAAGCCUAUGAACCAUCUAGUUCAGGGGUAAGGAAACUUUUUAGCUCUGCGGACCAGUCUCCUGUCCAAAUCCCGUGCACUUGCAAAGACCACCUGCUGCUGAUCCGUUCAGGCCCCAAUUUGGAGGUUGAAAGGAUCAGUGCUGGCCGGGGUGGGGAGCUUUGCAAUGUACAGGACGGCUUGGGAAUCCAGUGGAGCUUCAAAAGGGGCACGGGGAAGCUCCUGGACCAUGGAAGAAUUCUGUGUCUGCCCACUUUCCUGCUGCCCCUGCUGCUAGGCUCAGCAACAGAAGAGAGCCUGGGUUUUAGCAUUCUUCUCUUGCUUACAGUUGUAGCAGUGGCAGUAGUGGGAGGGGGCAAGGAAUAGAAAUAAUUCUUUCUCCUCUUUGUUCUUCCCUGCUGCUACGGUGGUAAGCAUGCUGGUAGAGAGAAGCUGUCCCCUUCUUGGGCAAGGGGCACUCCGACUGCCCAUCCUCCAGCCCAUCAGCUGAUGGGCGUUUGGGAGCAAGCCUUGUUCCAGCACAAAGGAGCAAUCAGAAGCCCACUUGUUCCUUUGAAGCCCCACCCUUACCUGCUGCACAGCUGAUGUCAUGCAUUAUGCCACGUGCAAGGGGGCGGGCAGGGCUUGGCUUUCCCAAAGUAGCCUCCCGAGUUUGUUCUGCAGGGCAGAGGUUCCCCACCCCUGAUCUAGUUGUGCAUGCUAGAUAUAUUUGCAAACCUCCAUGUAGAAAUCUUUGGCCUCGGGAUCAUUUGGCAUGUGUUUUGUAUUUCAUUUUACAGUUUCGUGGAGUUGAAUCGGUCUGCUUUUCUGGAACCAGAAAGCUUGCCCAAGCCAAAGAAAUCCCUUUUUGUUGGGCAGAAGCUAACUGCUUCCGUUGGGGAAAUUGUCAGCGGGGGAGUUUUACCACCUGUGAUUCGCCACAUACCUUUGUGUAGCUUUAACGCACAGAACAAAUACACCGGGGAGAGUGCGGCAGUGGACUCGGCCAGCAGUAGUCAGAAAGCCAGUGCUGAGGCGACAGGUAAGCCAGAACUCACACACCCAGGAUAGGAUGCGAAACUGUGCUCUUGAGUUGAAGGAGAAUUAUGUCAUGGAAAAAAAGCAUAUAUGUGUGUUUUAAAUUUGGUUUAUUUUUCAACUUUUCAGCUUUUGCAUUUGGCAGAACAGUUUAAAGUAGUAUUGAGUGAUUAAUAAUAGAAUUUGAAAAUAGAACCUGAGCAUUAAAAUAGUUUAUUUGUAUCCUUGAUUUAAUUUGUUAAGUAUUUGAUGUCUGUAAAAAUCCUAUAGACACCAGAGCUUGAACAGGAAGGUUUCUGCAUGCAGAGCAUGUCCCCAUUGAGUUCUGGGUCCUUCCAUUCAGAAUUGGCUCUUUUGAAGAAAAAAGUGGUUAUCAGUGUUAUUAAGAUUGCGGUUUACCUUUCUAAGCAGCUCUUCCCUUUUAGCAGCUGGAUAUUGUAUCUCUUGGUUUCACCCACAGAAACAAGAGCAGAAGACAGUAGUGGAGACCUGGAAGUCCUUCGAGUUCAGCCUCCGUUGUUGCUUUUACCGCUCGUACCGGCACCUUUGACUUCUGCUACAGGGUCCACUUUUCGGCCAAUUUCACAACCUUCUCUUCCUCCUCCUCCUCCCAAGCUUCAGCCUGUUUACAGUGAUAUGGUGAGGAGCUUCAGAAAAUACAUUCUACUUCUGUUUUGCUGUCACACAGUUCUUAAAAAUGAGGAACAAUACUUUAUAAAGUCUUCUAUUUUAAUGUAAGUGUUUGUGGUGUAAUUUAUAAAAGAGAAAUGUGAUGCAGGUACCACAUAGGAUGCUAUAAUUAACAAUUUGGCAAGAUAGAUACAGAUGGUGUUUGGUAUAAUGGGAUUACAACAAAGGGCUGCGCUGACCAACAAUGAAAUUUAUGGGAAGAUCAUCAAGGAUAAUAUAUAGUAAUUUGAAAGAAUGAUGUUCAGUAGUAUAAAAGUGUGUGUGGUCAUUUCAAUUUAAUUUAAACUAGCAAGAAAUAAAUAUGUAUGGGGAAGGCCUUAGGGGGCUGACAGCCUCUAGUAUAAUGCAGCUACAAUAGAGGCAAAUGCAGUCUUGAAUGUCUUAGGCAAGACCUUUCCUGUCAGAAUGGGGAGUACUAAUAAACUCACAAUGCAGAUUUGGAAAUUUUGUGUGGCAACAGUCAUUCAGAUCCAGCAGCAACAAAUUUAAGCUUGAGGAAGCCUAGCUUGGAUCAUUGCAGGGAUUAAGAACGUCUUCUGUGAGUGGAGGUUGAAAGUGCAAUUACCAGUUUGGGACUGAAGGCUGUGCAGCAGAAUUUGGGGUAAAUUACUUCGUUAAAGGAUUUUGUCUAAUAGACCCAACUGCUGUAAUCUGAAGGUACCGUAUUUUUCCGUCUAUAAGAUGCCUCCAUGUAUAAGAUGCCCCCUGUUUUUGGGGACUCCAAAUUAAGAAAAUGGGGAGGAUAUAUAUAAAGAAAUGCAUAAGUAACAUUUUUUUUAAAAAAAAGAUUUUAGUUGUUUCACAGAAGGUCAAAUUUAAGGCAAUAAUUGAACUAAAUGACUCUGACACGCCUCCUAGUUCUGAUCAUGAGCCUAAAGUGUGAUUAAUACAACCUUUCCCUGUAGAGUGCAUAUUAUUUGCUGUUCUGUUCACAUUUCUGAAAUUUAAGAAUGACCUAUCAUGCAGUAAUACCAUUUGGUUUUGCUUUUCAGAAUGGAAUGUUUUGAGUGUCGGAUGCUAAUUGCCAGUUCUUUCUUGUUCCCAGGACAUUGCCGAAGUGGUUGAAGACCUUGUGCAUGAUGUGCUAGAAGGCGAAUGCAGAGAAAUUGGCUCCACAGGAGCAGCCUAUGUACAGACAGCAAUAUGGUAAAUGCACUAAUGCUGCACUCAGUGUUAUUUGAAGACAUUCCGAGGAAGCCAUUGCUAUAUCCAAUCCAUCUCAGCAUACAAUAACAUAAGAAGAGUCCUGCUAGAUCAGGCCAGAGGCCCAACUAGUCCACUGGUCUUCAGCUUGUGGGCUCCAGCCUGGUCCAGAGUUGGGCACAACAGGAGUGCAACCACCAUGCAGAUAUAUGGUGAAAGAUUCAGAAACGGGAUCCCAAAUGCACAUUUGGGUUAAAAGUGGGUUCUGGGUCUGAAAAGGUUGAAGAGACCUCUUUUAGUCCAACAUCCUAUUCUCACAGUGGCCAACAGCUUGCAGAAAUAGUUUGGAUACUGUUUAGUCAGUGAAGGCCAACUGUCAAACUGGGCAGCUUUAUUCAUUUCACAAAAAUUGAUGAUUGACAGCGGUGGCAUGUUCUCCUCUCUCUCUCUCUCUCUCUCUCUCUCUCUCUCUCUCUCUCUUUUACGUGUAAACACAUUACUUGCCAAAGCAGGUUGGCAUACUUGCUGUUGCAAACAACUGUCAAGUAUUACCUGGAGGUUGUUUAAAACCCAGCUUGGAACACCCAGAAAUAAAUGAACUGCCACAUGGGGGAAAUCACCGGUAACCAUAUUGCAUUAAUAAUAAUAAUAAAUUUUAUUUAUACUCUGCCCUCCCCAGCCAAGGCCGGGCUCAGGGCGGAUAACAACUAAUAAUAAAAACAAGUUGAAUUACUAUAACUUAAAAACAAGAUUAAAAUACAACAUUAAAACAUUAAAAUGCAGCCUCAUCACAGGAGGAGAAAGGAAAAAAGAAAGAAGGGGAGGGAAUAAAAUUGACUCCAAGCCAAAGGCCAUGUGGAACAACUCUGUCUUACAGGCCCUGUGGAAAGAAAUCAGAUCCCACAGGGCCCUGGUCUCAUGAGACAGAGCGUUCCACCAGGCUGGAGCCAGUGUUGAAAAGCCCUGGCUCUGGUUGAGGCUAAUCUGACUUCCUUAGGGCCCGGGACCUCUAGGGUGUUGCUAUUUAUGGACCUUAAGGUCCUCCGUGGGGCAUAGUCUCUACUUUCUUGAAAACAGGACAGGAGAGCAGGCAGGGAAAGGUUAAUCCAUGCCUGACUGAGGGCAGGGCCUGCAAGUUUGAUACACCUCCUGAAAAGGAAGCUCCUCUCAUAUUAAGCACAUGACUUCAACCAUAUGAGGACACAACUCAUGGCAUGCAACAGUAAAGUUAAUUCUGGAAGAACACUAAUGAACAAACCAUCUAAAUGAUGUGGGAGGGGUACAUCCUGGAGAAGGGCCCUAGAGCUCCUGUACUGCAUGCAGAAGGUCCUGUCUUCAGUGUCCAGCAUCUGCAGGUGGUACUGGGAAUGUCCCCUGUCUGAAGUUCUGUUGCUGAACAACUGUCAGCUUCAGCUCUCAUGGCCAACAGCCGGGGGCAAUGGGGGUUGUAGUUCAUCAACAUCUGGAGGGCCACAAGAUGCCCAUCCCUGGUUUAGACAAUACUGAUAAAGUUCCUGUGUUCCUACUUUCCACUUUGGGUUAUGGUGCAGGAGAGGAGCAGGAAAGGAAUAUUCAAAAGCAGUGUCAUCCCAGAAAGGGUCAGGAGAAUGGCAUAUUUCAGUAACCGGAUGAAGGAUCCCCUUGACUAAUAUAGUUUUGUAACACUGCGUAACAUUAAGUGGUAGAACAGGUGGCUGUGCCGAAUGUGUCUUCUGAUGGAGCAUGGUGCUUCAAGCUGUGGAAACAGCAGAUGUGGGCAGCAGUCAGUCAUCUUGUGGAGAUGAGAAUGAGCCCUUGAGGACACAUUUGUGCUGUUGGACCUUCUGUGCCUUCUAACCUACAAAUAGAAACAUGAAGAACCUCAUGUUAGGGCUCUUUCUUGCGGUGAACUGGAUUCAGGCAGUUUGGUAGGGCUCUCUUCCAACUCCUGUGAAAGUCCAAAUUAUUUUUUGGUACCAAUUAUGGAUUGGUACAGAACACAAUUCUUUCUUCUUGAAAAGAAAUAAAGAUCUCAUUAUAUCCCACCACUAUGAUGGAAAUAAACAUGGCCCAAAACAUUGACAAAUUUGCAUCCCAUUAGCAUUCCUGGUCAUGUCUGGAGCACCCAAACUCAGAUAUGGCCUUUUAUCAGGGUGAAAGUAAGCCAUAAUUGGGGGGGGGGCUCUUUAGAUAUCAAAUCAUGCCAGCUUUACUAUUCCUGCAUCCCAAAUGCAUGUUUACAGAAAUAAACAAUAGAAAAAAAUUCACAUUAUCACACAACAUUACAUGUGAAUAACAAACAGGCCUUUGUGGGGAGAUUGGAAAAAUUCUGCUGCAUGUUUAGGCCUAGUUCUUUCUACUAACUCUUCACAAUUGUUUCAUUUAUUUUAUGCAGGAUCUCCAGUGUUACUACAGAUGAAAUCAUGACAGACGUGAUGCUGGGAAUCUUAAGGCAAAUUGCAUCAGAUGUAAUCAGUGCAGAAAAACUGAGACUUGAAGAGGAAAGACGCCGUGCUGAAGAAGAGAGGCAAACAUUCUUUAUACUUGUAGUAGAAACUUUGAGACAAGGAGAUGUAGAGUGGAAUACAUUGUGGUACUUGUGUGGAUAAGCCAGCCAUAACACCCCAGCACCACAGCGGGAGCGGAGUCCUAGAGAGGCAAGGGUCAGCAACACCCAGUGGCCAGGCUUCCCCACCCAUGCGCUCAGCCUGGGUGGGAAUGGGCUCUACAUGUGUACCAACACGUGUAGAACUCUACACAAUGCUCCCCUUCCUCUCCCUCAUUGUAUGAAGGUGCUCUGUGAUGCACAUCCCUUUUACCUAUUGGCCAAAUGCAUGGACCGUGAGGAGAUAUAAACCCCCCGCAAACAUGCUGGCAGCAGGAGAUGGAUAACUUACACAGCCCCACCAUCUUCAUGCGCAUUGUUUGAAUGUGAAUCUCUCAGGUCAGGUGGGCUUGGUUGGGAAGGGGUUGUAGCUCAGUGGUCGAGCAUCUGCUUCAGUCUCUGGCAUGUUCAGUCCCAGACAGGACUGGGAAAGAUUCCUGUGUGGAAUCUUGGCUAGUCAGUUUAGGCAAAAUUGAGCUACCUAGUCUGAUGGUCUGAGCUGGUACUAGGCAGCUCUGUUCCUCUGUUAUCAGCUCUAAGAGGUAUCUGUUUCCUUCCAUAUCAUUAAGUUUCUCUCUUCUAAAUAUUUGUACUUUGGUUGAUUAUUCCCUAAACAUUGUAUUUGCAUUCAUCUUGAAAAUGAAUGAAUCUGGGAGGGAGGGUUUGAAGGGGGGGAAAGGGAAAAUAAUGAAUAUGAUAUGUUUUGAUAAUUUGUUAUGUUGAAAUUGUUAAUAAAACCAUAUUUUUAAAAAAGAGAAUGAAUUAGGAUGACAGUAAAUUGGCAGGACCUGGGCUUUACUGCUGUUUAAUGCAAUGUGCUAGGAAUUUCAGCAAUGAAUGUAAUCCGAAUAUGGUUAAUGGUACCUGUAUCCUUGUAAUAUUUUGAUGCAUUACACUUAAUGCACUAGUUUUGACACUGCAGUUUUUAAAAUAUGGAGAUACUUGGUCGCUUAAGAUUUUACUUGUCUGUCAUCUGCCUAUAAUGUGUGUGUGUUUUUCUCCUCUCCUUAGGCAGAAGCAGGAAAUGGAGCAGUUAAUAGAAAUGUUGAGCGACUCGCUGCGUAUGGCAUUGACAGAAGAAGUGGUGAAGGAAAUGGUGCAAGAGAUUUCAGCAAAGGAGUUAAAGUAAGCGGUAAAACACGGGGAUUUGCCUGUGAAAUGGAUGUCAGGACCAGCCCUAUGCAGAAUAUGGGCUGGGUCAACACGAAGGAGCUUUGAGACCUAGAUUUUAAAAAGCUCAAAAUUUCAAAUGUUGGCUUCCUAACUCUCUGUGCCCUGUGUUUUCACAGUCAUCUAGAGGAGGGGAACAGCCCCUUCUCACUUUCUGUGAUAAAGUCUACUCUUCUUCGGAUCACACAAUGUUUUAUCUUGAAGUAAAACUACAUAAAGUAAUGCCAAUCAAAUGAGUUUUGUUUUUUCUUCCCACCACAGCAAUAACUGGUACAGUAAUCUAGUUGAAAGGGACGCAGGUGGCACUGUGGGUUAAACCACAGAGCCUAGGACUUGCCGAUCAGAAGGUUGGCGGUUCGCAUCCCCGUGAUGGGGUGAGCUCCCGUUGCUCAGUCCCGGCUCCUGCCAACCUAGCAGUUCAAAAGCACAUCAAAGUGCAAGUAGAUAAAUAGGUACCGCUCUGGCAGGAAGGUAAACGGCGUUUCCAUGCGCUGCUCUGGUUCGCCAGAAGCAGCUUAGUCAUGCGGAAGCUGUACGCCGGCUCCCUCGGCCAAUAAAGCAAGAUGAGCACCGCAACCCCAGAGUCGGCCACGACUGGACCUAACAGUCAGGGGUUCCUUUACCUUUACCUAAUCUAGUUGAAGAGAAAGAGGAGAGUCGACUAGACACAGAAUAUCUAGGUGGUGAUGUAGAAAAAUGGAUCAGUUCAUGUCAUAUUACAAAUUGGCACAUAUUUUUCAAUUUCUUUGUUGAAAAAGUCUUGAUGCAUCUCUGUGUGCAGAAGACAAGAGUUCCUAUUUAAGCUGUUUCUGCCGUUCUUAUCACCAUAACAACCGGGAAGUUUUUAAUCUUUGAUGUUUUACUAUUUUUUAUAUAUACUGUAAGCUGCCCAGAGUGGCUGGGGAAAGCCAACCCGAUGAGCGGGGUAUAAAUAUUAUUAUUAUUAUUUAUUAUUAUUAUUUUCAAUUUAGUCUUUGAAAAUUUUAAAGUGGCUUCGUUCAUUGACAGAAAUCCUGCAUUUUUCAUUUUCAUUUUGCUUUGUUACUGUGCUCUGAUGCUUAAUUUUGACCUAGGUGUGCCCUGGAGAAAGACCAAAGAGCACGCGUUGCCCGCUGCUCCAAGGAAGUCUGUGCUGAAAUAAUGGGUGUAUUUUUGGAAGAUGAGAUUUUCCAGAGUGCUAAGGAGACUCUACAAGAACUCCAGUGUUUCUGCAAAUACUUACAACGGUGGGUUAAAUAAAGUUUUUCUGCAGCCAUUUGGCAUAAAAUGGACCCUUGUCUAGCAUGUCAAGUUUAUAUUCUACUCUUUCACAAAAUAGCUAAGAGCAGCACAUGUUAAGUCUCAUUUUUAUCUUUAUUUUGUUACAGGUUUAAUCUAUUGUAGGAAGAUAGGUUAGGUUGAGAAAUGAUUAAGAGCUAUAAGUAAAAUGAUUUCUGAAUGAUGAAUGGCUAUCCCAACAGUGCUUUUCCAGUAGUGGCCCAAGAAGGAAAGUUGCAUUCCUUCUGCCCUCCAGUGAUUUGAACUUCUUUGAUGUCUGCUUGGCAGGCUUAUCAGGGACGCCUUUUUUAAAAUGGGCUUUGUAGAUUGUAAAUCAAAUUUCAAAGAGAAACUGAUGUUGAGUUGAACUGCUCAUGGUAGGGCUCAGGGUCAGGGCUUUUAUGUGAUGACUCCUGAUUGCAAAAUAAUUGAGUGGCUUUUCAUUUAUUUAUUUUUUAAAUAUACACUGCUUGAUUGGUUUUCUUUAAAAUCCUCAAAGUGCUUUAUUUUGUGUGUGUUUUGAAGACCUUUAUUUUGUCUGAAAUCUGCAAGCCUACAAGAAAAUUACAUGAGCACGUUAAGAAUGAAUUGUAACUUUUUUGGUGACAUACCAAACCCGACUUAGCCAGCUUUCUGGUUGCAGUUUUGUCUGUGAAUGAGAGCAGUUAAAUGAGUAGGACCCUUCUUUUGUAGCAAGUGUUAAUUGUUUAUAGUUUUUAUUAUUAUUGUAAAAGAUACUGGAUUCCACAGUGGCAUAGAUACUGUUGGAUGUCUUUAGGCAUUGUCCGCUUUUUAUUUUACUGCUGUAUGAUUUGGUAAUGGCCCUUGGCUAAGCAAUAACUUUGAUUUGAAUAAUUUUAAUGAAAUGCAUUGAUACUUUAUCUUGCAGAUGGAGGGAAGCUGUUGCAGCCCGAAAGAAAUUGAAGCGUCAGAUGAGAUCUUUCCCAGCGGCUCCCUGUUGUGUAGAUCCAAAACAUAAAUUGAAGGCUCUGUCUCCCAGCGCAGAAUGUCCUAUUGCCAGAGAGCACCUUGCUAAAACGAUUGUAAACUUGGGACAUGCAGGGAACCUUGGCAUCUCCUGUCUUAGGUAAGUGCAUCCUGGCCUGGUUCACACAAUAGACUAAGACAAGCCUUGGCUGAAGCAAGAGCAGGAAUGCAGAUCUCUGGGGAGGAGUCUCUUCGGUGCUUUUUGCUGCUACGCUGUGCUGAGCUUGGCUAGACGUGCCACUCAGUUGGGGGCUCCUGGCUUAACCACAAGCUCGGUUUGGCUCAGCGCAGUGGUCCCCAAACUUUUCCAAUAGAGAGCGCUUGAAAGCUGCUGAGGGCCUUGAUGGACCACUUAACAGUUUUUCUACCUGUCAUAGCUAUUGUAAUGGGUUGUGCUAGGUACUGUAUAAUUUUUUACAGACAUGCCACAGAUGACCUGAAUGAACGGACCACAGUUUGGAAACUGCUAGCUUAGUGCAUUGUGCAGACUGGGCCACUUUUUAAUUGACCACUCUAUAGGUUAUAGAAAUCAGUGGAUAUACAGUUUCUGCUAGUCACGUCCCCAUGUGAAAAGAAAGAAAAUGUGCUCCUUUUCAUCAUCCUCUGACCCCCGCCCCCCGUGCUUGUAUUCUUUGUGUCUAUUGCAGGGCCAGUCAUGGUUUGCUGUGGUCCACAUACACAGUUUACGUGGUUAAAAACAGAUGCAUUUUGUUUUUUCAAUGUUGAAAUCCAAUGUGUCCCAUCAUGUUUAUUAUGUCAUAUUUUGGUCAUGUUUAUUAUUUUUUCAGUGUUGUGUGGAGGAGCCCCAAGUGAGUAAAUACAAUAAGCCUACAACUUAAGCGCAUUUUACUUGUGUGCUCAUUCAAACGUUGAAAAUGUUAAAAAAAUUAAAAGGGGCAGAAAGGAAGUUCUAGGGAAAAAUACUUUCUCAAUAUAAUGCUGAGGCUAUCAGUCCCUGAAUUCUUUUACUCUUCAGUAAUUCCCCAUUAGACUUCUUUUUUUUCUCUGUAGACUUCUUUCUUCCCUCUGUAUUAACAAUUGUAGGUAAGGCACCUCUUAAAAUUAAUGUGCAACAGGCAUCUCAAUUGCAGCCAUGUAGGUGAUCACAUCUGCAGCUAGAUAGCUAGCUACUCCUUGAGGUAGCUUUGAAAUCUCAGACAGACAUAAAUUCUUGUUAGUAACAUUGGAAUUCAUGUCUUUGUACAUGCUGGUCAUAUAAGAGGUUGUCAUAUACUUGCAAGAUGGAAGGGGGAAUGUGGACCAAAUAAACACUUUGCUUAUUUCUAGGCUCAGAAGUUUACAGAACAAGGCAAUUCAUCAAAUGAAAGUGCAACAUUUUUACCACCAGUUAUUAAGGUAUGUUAAAAUUAUUGAAGCUAAAGCACACAUAUGGCAAACUCCGGGAUUGCCACCUGCAGUAACCCUAGAACAAUUGUGAAGUGAUAGAUUCCAAAAUGGAUUUUGACUUGAAUAAGUGCCUUUUAAAAAAGUACGUGUUCAUGACCAUCUAUCAAACACUGAGUUAAAGACUGUUUUUCUUUAUAAAGGAGAACUAAGGGGGCAAUAUCUGACUUCCUAGGUUAAACCUUAUCAUGUUAGUUGUAAAAAAAUAAAUUAAAAAAAAAUCCUUCCAGUAGCACCUUAGAGACCAACUAAGUUUGUUAUUGGUAUGAGCUUUCGUGUGCAUGCACAAUUCUUCUUGUCUGUGGACUUCCCACGAGGCUCGGUGACUUGCAAGUUCCCACAGGCAGGGCCAGGGCUCUAUGGAGGCAGCAGGACUGGAGUGGAGAAUUGCUGCCACUGGGUGCCCUGCUGAUUUCCUGUCUGCUUGCCCUGCUGUUCCUGCCACUGCUGGCCACUUACCCACCCACAAGGCCCUUUGCCACCCCCUUUGUCUUCUGCCUGCCUUGUUCAAAGGGAGCCCUUUCUCAGAGCACAGGGUUCUACACCAGGUGUCCAGGAAAGUACCUUCACCGCCAAGCCUAACAGCUUAAAUUGCUAUUUAAGCUUACUCCAAAGUAGCUAAACUUUUUCAAAUUUUAAACUUUUCACUUUAAUCAGCAUUUGUAGCCACUGUGGCAGCAGAAGCGAUCUGUCAGACACUGCUCCCAGACUACAUCACUCUGUGGAAGGAGGGAGCCCCUUGGACUUUCCUCAGAGUGUGGCAAGAUGGGGGCAGAGAACUUGCCAGCAGUGCUAGCACUAAUGCAGUAGCAAAAGAGCAACAGAGGAAAAGAAAUCUGGAAAUGGGCUGUGGGGAGAGGAGGAGGAGGAGGAGGAGGAGGAGGAGGAGGAGGAGGAGGAAGAGGAAGAGGAGUAUCUUGAGCUAGCCCUGAUCCCAGAUGCUAGGGUGAUACUGCAUAGAUAAGCAUGUAUCUCUUGUUUUGUGUGCUUUGGCUAUCUGAGCUCUGCUGUGCAUCCCGUUCUGACUGUUUCCUGGUUUAAGAACUCUACCAGCCAACCAGCACAGACACUUACUUUCCAUCUUGGAGAGAAGCACAACCAGCCCUUGUUCCUGAAGAUUCUGUACACUUGUAACAAUCUGUUCUUAUGCAGUCUUAGCCUUCUGUGUAUGAAGAGAGACAAAUAGAAAUUUGCUUUUGUCUGAAGCAGAUGUAACUGUGCAAUGUAAGAGUAUAUGAGUUGCACGCAGAGAGGGUUUGGAUUGUGCUCCUAUAUCAAAUCAAGGCUCUAUUAGAUUAACAGAUCAAUACAGCAUUUAUAAUCUACAAAACAAUAUAUAAAACAGUAUUUAAUCUAUAAAACAAUAUUAACAACACAGGCAAAAUAGCAACUGCAAAAAAUAAACUAAGCAUACACACACUCUCCAGACCCCCAUCACUCGUAAUCUUUCGCUCUGUUCAGUUCAUUAAAAUACGCAUAAAAUGCACACAAUUCCUGUUGCUAAGGCAGCUUAGCCAGAUGUUGCGCCUGCUGGACUCCUUGCGUAGUGGGCCAUGGGGGAGACACUGGGGCUCUUGGGCCUGCCACCAGUGGUUAGGUGGACUCUGGGUAGCUUGCCCAGGCGCUGUUGAGGAGAAGCUCACCCUCCUUGCUCUUGAUAAUCUGGAGGCUCAUUCCCACUCAAGGAAGCCCAAGGCAAGCCUGUCCCUCCAGAGUGAUGAGUUGCGGCUGCACUUGGUGUUGUGGCCGGCCAGGAAAUCCAGCUGUGCCUCCAUACCCAGGACACUCUCUCUGCGCCAUGGCCCAUCCACCACCAGCUGCUCCCUGUCUGAUCACAGAGAUCAUGGGGGAGUCUCUGUUAGUGGUCCCCCACGACUCAGAGGCACAGCUGUAACUCAUAGGAGCCAUGUAUUCAGCCUUGUGGGCCCGAUCCUGUGGAACUCCCUACCAACUGAGAUCAGACAGGCCCCCUCCCUUCUGAACUUUAGGCCCUUGACACUCCUAUUUCAGAUGGCAUUGCAUGGUAGCUUUCUGUUUCUCUGUCAAAUUUUAAUUGUUCUUUGUGUUUUUAAACAUAUUCUGUGCACUGCCUAGAAAUUCUGCAUAAUAGUAAGUGUUAUAUAAAAUAAAUAAUAAGAAAUAAUUUUGUGUGUGUGUGUUCCUAAGGGAUGCAGUGUGGACUCCACUGGAUCUGCCAUCACUGGUAGCUGAAAACAUUCCAGUGAAAGAAAAAGAGGUUUUUUGGAAAGUACUUCUCGUGUUGCCAGGCUAUGAGGAAUGUCCAGUUGGGGAUCCCAGAAGGUAUUUUUUGCAUUCAAACUAUGCCGAGAAAGCCAGUAGCUGGUGGUGUUGCCUGCGUGGCCCUCAGGGCUGACCUGUUAUCAGCAGUACUGCAACCUAGUAGAUGCUAGCCAUUCAGAAGACACAAAAUAAUUUGGUUUGCUACUUGCUUAUGUUGGUAUUCAUAACUAGAGACUUGCAUGAAAAUGUUUGGUUUUGUUGUUUUUUACUCCCUCGCCCAGCCCCAUGUUGCUGACUGAAACAGUCUUCUAGUCCCUGGAGCUCCUUUUCAUUAAAAGAGACAUUAAAAGUUCUCCAGCAUUGCUGAGGCCCCGGGAAUCUUGGUGUCGGUGCCUAUUGAACUUUGAAUCUGGGUUAACUUCAGCCAGUUUUUCCAGUGUGGAAGAAUGCAAGCUAGCCAUUGUGUUCUCCAUGACUGUGCUAUGCCUGCUAUGUCCCUUGUGCCAUUGUUCUUCCCUUUGCAUAGAAGACGGGGAAAGUUGGGGUAUUGGGUACUUGGAGUCCUGCCCUUAGAAGCUCCAUUGCCUUGGCUCCUCCCAUAAUAGUAGUGGCUUUUAAAAACAGGAUUAAUGGUAGUAAGCAGUUAAGCAGAGAAAAUAGGUAUAGCCCAGGUGUGGAGAACCUGUAGCAAUCCAGGUGUUGCUGAAGCACUAUUUCUUUCAGCCCCAGCAAGCAUGGUCAAUGCUCAGGGAUGAUGGGAGUUGUAGUUCAGCAACAUGUUCUGCAUGUCUGGUGUAACCAAACCAGUGCAAGCCACUCAUGGUGACUUGUUGGAAUCACUCGCUGACUGGUAAGUAUGAAUGAGAUGUUGUGGGCCUAAUGCCAGAUAGGUUUCGUGUCACUUCAGAAUAUGCCAGAUAUGUUUGUUUCAGUGGAGCCAGUUCACAGAUUCAGCUGUGAGCAAUCAAGUGAUAUACGUGCACCAUAAACUUGCCCUUUCUUGCACUGUUGUUCCUAUGCAUAUUUGUAGGAUCAGGGUGUCAGGAAAUCUCUUUGAUAAUAAGUGAAUAAACCUGUUAAUAAUCUUCAAGCCAAGAAUUUAGGAAUAUAGGUUUUCAGUAUUUCAGUUAAGUUUCUAAUGCUAACAAUCUGUGCGCACUCACCUGGGAGAAUUGCCCAUUGAACAAAAUGGGACUUGCUUCUGAGUAAACAUGUAUAGGAUUGAGUCAUAUCCUUAUCAACCUGUGUGACACUCCUUAAGAUUUCUGAAAGGAAUCUUAAGCGUUACAGUUAAGUAAAGGCAUUGGCAAAUAGGAAAAUUACCAUAUUGUGGCUGUACAAAUUAUCAUAUAUAUUAAUUAUCAAAUUAACAAAUUAUCAUAUAUAUUAAUAGUGAUCUCAUUUCUCUGAGUGUUGGUCCUUAUGUAGCCAAAGCAGCACCACUCACCCACAAGAGGGAGGAAUAAGGAAGUUCAGGGGACCCUCAAGAUUUGCCUAAUUACAAAAUAUAUUUAGAACCCCAUGGCCUGGUGGCCCAACCUGAAUAUGUUGGGGGGCCAUGGAAUGCUGACUCUCUUGCUGGGGUGGAGUGUUUGUACAUAGAACCAGGUGAAUGAGAGAUGUAAUGGAAUAUGCUGAAGGAGGUCAUGGUUGGCUAUCUGAAAGAGGGAACAGGGUCGCUCUCCACUGCAACAUUUUUGUGGUAGUCCUGCUUGUUUGCUUGUAUAAAAUGUUGACUAUAGAUAAUAAAUUCAAAUAUGAUUCUUUUAGAUACUAUAUUAACAUGCAGAUAGUUUGUGAAUAUUUAAAUGAAGAUGUCUGUUUCUUUCAACAAAGUAGCACACUCUGAUAACAACACUAUUAUUUACAGGAUCUAAAUAUUUGUCACUUUUUAAAGUGGUGGCAGAGUUUACAAUUAAUUUGUGAUGCUAUACUGAAAGUAUAUCUGGUCUUCUGUUCACAGAAUUAUAGCAGACUGGUUGAAAGCUAAGCUUAUGAUUGGUAAAAAUUUGAAGGAAGAUAUGUCUGUGGUAAAAGGUGGAAUCCAGACACUUGCAUUGCAUACUUCUCUUCAUAUGAAAAAUGACUGGGCUGCUUGUAUCAGUGUGUGUGUCAAGGUCAGUUCAAACAUUGCUUGCUACAUGUUAGUGUCAUGAAAGGUACCGCAAAAGCUCUGCCUUUUGAAAGUUCAGAAUUCAGUAGCCUGGUUAAGGCAGACUCACUGUAUCAAACACAUUCCUGUGCUUAAAGUUCUUUAUUGGCUUUCAUUUUGUCUCCUGGUGUUGCUUUAUAAAGCCCUGCACCGUCUAGAUAGGGAACCUUUUUCAGGCCCCAGGGCCCUGAUGGAAGCCUCAUUCCAGUAGCGAGGGAUGCCUAACCCCAGCACAAUCACAGAUAUUUAACACACCCACCCACAAAGCUAUUUGCCAUGGAGGCAGAGGCACAUAUUUAAUUAUUAUUAAAUUAUGCAAUUAUAUUUCAUCUAUUUUCUUCAUAGACAUUUUUCUUAAUGCAUUUUUUUGUUAUUUUGAUUUUUAAAAAGAAGCCUUCAGUAUCGUUUAACUAUGAUUUGUAGUUUGUUCCAAUUGUGGUUUGCUUGGAGCAAAACAGACCGCAAUCCCACAUUCAGACAUAAUGCUAAGUCAGGAAAUUAUUGUUUUGUUUUCUCUUCACCCGAGGUGGGAAAGGCAAAACUAUUAUAGAUCUGCACAUUAACAGUAACAGCCAUUAAUUUGUUUAACUUUUACUGCCCAAUGUUGUUAUACAGAUUGGACUGUUUGGUCAGUAUAUUUAUUCACGGAGAGUAGGUCAAUUAGCGGCUGUUGGCCAGGACAGCGGACUGGCGUCUUCACGUCCAGGGGAGUCUGCCACCGAAUGCCCGUUGCUUUGGAGCAAGCAGCAGGGAAGGGCUUCUGCCUUCUGUGGUGCUUGUGGCCAGCUUGUGGCUGUCUGCUGCUAAAACAGGAUGCUGUGCUAGAUGGACCCGUUGGUCUGAUCCUGCAGGGAUGCUUUUAGGUGUUGACAUUUCCCCCUAUUGGUUUGCUUUCCCUGUGUAGGUGACGGAGGGGACGCUCAGUCCCUCAGAGCUGAAUGACCCAGAGACCCAGAAGGAGCUGCUUGGCACGAGGGGGCUGGUUCUCCUUCUGUCUCCUCGAGUGAGCAGUGAGGAUGUUGUAGAGGAAGAGGUUUACUGGCUUUCAGCCUUGCUGCAGCUGAAACGGAUCCUUCAGGCGAAACCUUUCCAACCAAUCGUCCCUCUGGUGGUUCUUGUCCCAAGUCAGGGGGAUGAAGCCAUAGAAAAAGAUGUAGAAGGAGGUAUGAGAAGUUUCUGCACUUAGGGGUAAUUGCUCUUUAAGUCAAUUUUUUCAUUUGGAAAAUAGCCGUGUGGUUGUCUCUUCUUAAUUCUGUGCCUUUUCAGGGGGAUAAUGGAGUAGUAUCACUAAAUUGGAAUGUGGUUUCUUUUAAAGGACUGAUGCUGCCAGAUUUGAUUUCGGCUAACCUUAUUUCAGGUUACAACAUAGUUGUCAUUCCAGAUUCUGUGAAUGGGUUGCAAGGUACCAGCAAGGUAAGAACCAUCUCCACAGAGAGGUUGUAAUUUAUACUCCUACCAGGUUUAAUGAUUUUUCGACACAGGGAGAGUAUUAUUAUCAGUUGCAUUUUAAAGCUGUAGGUUGGCAACUCAAAAACAAAGCAGAAACCAGUGUGCUGAUUAGAGUGUCAAGACUACAGCCUGGGAGACCAGGGUUGAAAUCCCCACUCAGCCAUGAGGCUCACUGGAUGACCUUGGGUCACUUGCUCUCAGUCUGACCCACCUCACAGGGCUGUUGACAUGCCACGCUCAAUGCAGGGAGGCUUUUCAUCUGGCUACCUGAUAACCAGAUUCCCCAUUGAAAGCCCCUGUAGAUGCCUUCUAGCUCCCAGUCCUAUCUCAGGCUUUUUCCAUCACUGCAGAGAUUUUGGGCAGUCCUCACAGGAGCAAUUGGUUGUGAAGGAUGGAGUACCAUCUCUUAAUACGAUUACAUGAGCCUUUUCUGUUAUUCCAUACUCAGUUGAUCUUGUCUACUAGAACCCUGUCUAAUAGGGAAGGUUGUCUAAUAUGGAAAGGCAUCGUCAGCAUAGGGUUUUCACCUUGGUUUAGUAGAUCAUGGGAGUGGAAGCCUGUUUUUAGUAAGUUUUUUUCAGCUUCAUGUUCAUGUUCAGUUGUGUUGGGGGAAGGACUGGGUUUGAGAGCAGGACUGAAAGCAUUUAUGUAUCAACAGAACUGACUCCCUUAAUGUGGUGAUUGAUACGGAUUUUCACUUUAUUGUCAACUAGUGAAUUUGUCGUGUGUAAUUCUGUCUACAGCUCUCUGAAGCUGUGCAGUGGCUGGUUGCUCAGUGCCCGAGCUCAGACAAGGUUCACUGCCAGACACUCAUGCAGUAUGUUGAAGACGGUGUGGACCGUGAGUUCAGUAAGCACUUCUACCAAGACAUGAAGGAGAGAUCCCUUGCUGGCUUGCCCUCUCAGGAUCCAAGUGCCAUAAUAGAGCUGUACAAUAGUGUGAUACAGUUCCUGGCUGAAGUCGCCUCUUCAGAAGAUCUCUGUGAACUCUCCUGGCCUGUUCCUGAAUUUGCAGAGCCCGGGGGCAGCAAAGUGCUUCCGCAUCUCCAGUGGAACACCCCCAGCCAUCUGGGCUGGCUGAAGAAAGCCCUGCUCUCCUUCCAGAUCCCUCACAUGGAUCUCCCUCCUUUGGGUGGUAAGAACUCCUAACCAGUACUGUUGCCUAGUAGCAGUUGAGAGACUGCUGUGUAACACACAAAUAACAUGCUAACACCCUAACAAAUAACACCCUAACAGACCCAGUGUGGUGUAGUGGUUAAGAGCGGUAGUCUCGUAAUCUGGGGAACUGGGUUCGUGUCUCCGCUCCUCCACAUGCAGCUGCUGGGUGACCUUGGCCAGUCACACUUCUCUGAAGUCUCUCAGCCCCACUCACCUCACAGAGUGUUUGUUGUGGGGGAGGAAGGGAAAGGAGAAUGUUAGCCUCUUUGAGACUCCUGAAGGGGAGUGAAAGGCGGGAUAUCAAAUCCAAACUCCUCCUCCUCCUCUUCUUCUUCUUCUUCUUCUCCUCUGAAUUAUAAUUGUCUUGCUUAUCACAAAAGAAAAUGUAUUAGAAAGAAAAUGUUUCUCAUCAUGAGAGUCUUUAAGUUACUCCUUUCUUCCAUCAUGUUUUCUGUAUUUUGUUGCAUGUCUGUUUAUUGUUCUGGAAUUAAAUUUUGAAUUGGGAAGCAGCCAUUUCCCAGAUGUGUACACACGUGUGUUUGUGUGCAUAAGGACAGAGCUAUCUUUCUGUUAUGCCCACUUACCUGAAAGAUUUCCUUAUUCUUACUGUACCAGAUCUUGAUGCAAGAAGCUUUGGAACUCCCCCUAUAUUUUCUUGCUCUGCUUUGCAAAAAUGGGCCUAACAUUUCAACAGAUAUUUUAACAAAUGUUGGCAGGACUCAUUGGUUGAAUCCUGGUUGUUAUUUUUGUUGUUUCUGCUGUUGUUGUAAUUAUUAUUAAUUAUGCUGUGCCCUGAUACUUUGGGGGCAGAAUGUUUCUGAAUAGUUACCGGAAACCACAAGAGGGGAGAGGUGGGGGGGGGCCCUCUUGUGCUCAGGUCCUGCUUGUUUCCCACAGUUGGCCACUGGGAGGACAGGACGCUAGACUAGAUGGGCUAUUGGCCCCAUUUGGGGGGCUUCUCUUGCCUGCUUUGGCUCAGCUAAUACCGGAGCAAAACUGAGCUGUAACAUUGGCCAUAGUUCUUUUCUGUUGUUGUUAGGCAGAAACUUUAAUGUAUCUUCUCUUCCCUCUGCCCACCAGCUCCCUGGCGCCCUGUUUGUGCCAUGAUUUUCCAGUAUUUGUCCCAGACUACCAGUUCUCUUCAGACCCAGGAGAUACUUCAGUCUCAGGUAGAGAAUUUGCUGAGCAGAACUUACUUCAAGUGGAAGAGUAGGAAAUAUGCCAGCUCAGAAGACAAUGGCCCAUCUGUGGAAGAGAUCCCUUGGGAUAGCAUCUUGGCACUAUGCAUUAACCACAAAUUGAGAGACUGGAAACCUCCACAAAAGCCAAUAGCACCAGGUAGUAAAUGUCUCUGGACAAUCUCUUAUCUACGUUUUUAAUUUUUUACUGUGUUCUGUAUUAAGUUGUGUUUAGCAUAUAUUAACUUUGCCUCUAGCCCCAAGAGUCUUGCCUGUAUCCCUUGCUAACAAACUUAUUAUGGCAUAAGCUUUCAUGGCUUACACUUCCUCGGAUGUGUGAAGUGUUAUCGUAACUUCUGGUCUAUAUACACAUGGAGUGGGGUGUGUGUGUAGAAAGGUCAGGGGUGAACGAAAUCUGGAAAAGUACAGUGCUAAUUGCAUACUUAGCUGUGAUAAUUCACAGAACAGUUCUUGAUGACUCGGCCAUUCUGGCAUUGGUAAACCAAUUAACACAUAUAAAGGUAAAGGGAACACCUGACUGUUAAGUCCAGUUGCGGACGACUCUGGAGUUGCGGCGCUCAUCUUGCUUUAGUGGCUGAGGGAGCCAGCGUUUGUCUGCAGACAGUUUCCGGGUCAUGUGGCCAGCAUGACUAAGCUGCUUCUGGUGAACCAGAGCAGUGCACAAAAACGGCGUUUACCUUCCCCCCAGAGCGGUACCUAUUUAUCUACUUGCACUUUGACGUGAUUUCGAACUGCUAGGUUGGCAGGAGCUGGGACCGAGCAAAGGGAUUCAAACCCCAUCGUGGGGAUUCGAACCACCAACCUUCUGAUCGCAAGCCGUAGGCUCUGUGGUUUAGACCACAGCACCACCUGCGUCCCAUAUUAGCACAUAUAAUGUUCAAAAAAUCCAUUGCCUCCAUUCAGUCCACAAGUUACACCAUUGUAUUUAAUCUUUUUUUUUUUUAAUAAUUUUUUAUUAAGGUUUUAAACAAACAAAAAAGAAAAACAACACACACAAAAAACAAUACAAAACUUAACAAUAUAAACACAAAACAAUUAAUAACAAACUCUCUUUUCCAUUUCCAAUUUUAAGUUACUUAUUUUCUGGACUUCCUCAUACCUCCCUCUUUUGUAUUCCAAUCCACAUUAUUUAUCCAGCAGUUUCUUUUCCACUUUUUAAUCCCAAUCUUUAAUUUAAUAAAACGUUAAAAUAUAUAACUUCAACUUUUUAAACCUAAUCCUUGAUCUUAAUAUCCUGUAACUUUAAAGUUUUCCCUUUUAAAAUCAAAUUUCCAUUUCUUUAAACUUCUUUAAUCUUAAUCUUUAAUCUUAAUCUAUCCUUAACUUUAACCUGUGCAGCUGGAAACCACUUAUUUUCAGUCCAACAUCACUCUAACAUUCCUUAAUUUUGCAGUGUUUCUGAAGAUAGUCUUUGAAUUUCUUCCAGUCUUCCUCCAUCGACUCUUCUCCCUGGUCACGGAUUCUACCAGUCAUUUCCGCCAAUUCCAUAUAGUCCAUAAGUUUCAUCUGCCAUUCCUCCAGCGUGGGAAGUUCUUGUGUCUUCCAAUACUUUGCGAUGAGUAUUCUUGCUGCUGUUGUUGCAUACAUAAAGAAAGUUCUAUCCUUUUUAACACCAUUUGGCCUACUAUGCCCAGGAGAAAGGCCUCUGGUUUCUUAGGGAAGGUAUACUUAAAUACCUUUUUUAAUUCAUUAUAUAUCAUUUCCCAGAAAGCCUUAAUCUUUGGGCACGUCCACCAAAGGUGAAAAAUGUACCUUCAAUUUCUUUACAUUUCCAACAUUUGUUAUCGGGCAAGUGAUAGAUUUUCGCAAGCUUGACUGGGGUUAUGUACCACCUGUAUAUCAUUUUCAUAAUAUUCUCUCUUAAGGCAUUACAUGCCGUAAAUUUCAUACCUGUGGUCCAUAACUGUUCCCAGUCAGCAAACAUAAUGUUAUGACCAACGUCCUGUGCCCAUUUAAUCAUAGCCGAUUUUACCGUUUCAUCUUGAGUAUUCCAUUUCAGCAGCAAGUUAUACAUUCUUGACAAAUUCUUAGUCUUGGGUUCUAACAAUUCUGUUUCUAAUUUGGAUCUUUCCACCUGGAAGCCAAUUUUCCUGUCCAAUUUAAAUACCUCCAUUAUUUGAUAAUAAUGAAGCCAGUCUCGCACUUUGUUUUUUAGUUUUUCAAAACUCUGCAAUUUCAGUCUAUCUCCGUCUUGUUCCAAAAUUUCCCAAUAUUUCGGCCAUUUGACCUCCAUAUUGACCUUUUUCAAGGCUUUCGCUUCCAUUGGUGACAGCCACCUUGGGGUUUUAUUUUCUAGCAAAUCCUUAUAUCUUAUCCAAACAUUAAACAGCGCUUUCCUGACAAUGUGGUUUUUAAAUGCUUUAUGUGCUUUGACCUUAUCAUACCAUAAAUAUGCAUGCCAUCCAAAUACAUUAUUAAAACCUUCUAGAUCCAAAAUGUCAGUGUUUUCAAGAAGUAGCCAUUCUUUCAACCAGCAAAAGGCUGCUGAUUCAUAGUACAGUUUAAGGUCUGGCAGGGCAAAUCCACCUCUUUCCUUUGCAUCCGUUAAUAUUUUAAAUUUUAUUCUGGGUUUCUUGCCCUGCCAGACAAAUUUAGAAAUAUCUUUCUGCCACCUCUUGAAACAAUCCAUUUUGUCCACGAUCUGCAAAGUUUGAAACAAAAACAACAUUCUGGGCAAUACAUUCAUCUUUAUCGCAGCAAUACGGCCUAGCAGUGAAAGCUUCAAAUUUGACCAAAUUUCUAAAUCUUUUUUCACUUCUGACCAACAUUUUUCAUAGUUAUCUUUAAAUAAAUUCCCAUUUUUUGCUGUCAUGUUAAUCCCCAAGUAUUUAACUUUCUUAACCACUGUUAAACCUGUCUCAUUCUGAAACCUCUCUCUUUCAAACGGUGUUAAAUUUUUCUCUAGAACCUUGGUUUUUGACUUGUUCAAUUUAAAUCCUGCCACUUGACCAAAUUCUUGAAUCAGUUCUAAAACCCUUUUUGUACUAGAUUCUGGCUCCUGUAACGUCAAUACUAAGUCAUCUGCAAAUGCUCUCAAUUUAUAGUGUUUAAUUCCGACCUGUAUACCUUUAACCAUCUGGUCCCUUCUAAUCAUAUUCAGCAGAACCUCCAGGACCGAAAUAAAAAGAAGUGGGGAAAUUGGGCAACCUUGUCGUGUCCCUUUUUCAAUUUUCAGUUCUUCCGUCACAACGUUAUUUACAAUUAGUUUAGCCUUUUGUUCUGAAUAAAUUGCACUUAUACCAUUCUCAAAACCUUGGCCUACCCCCAUACCCUGAAGAUUCUUCUUCAUAAAAUUCCAAGAAAUAUUGUCAAAGGCUUUCUCCGCGUCUACAAAUAUCAACACUGCUUUAGUGUUUAUAUUCACUUCUAAUUUCUCCAAAAUAUCAAUUAUAUUCCUCAAAUUAUCAGACAAAUGUCUUCCUGGGAGAAAGCCCGCUUGGUCUUUAUGAAUCUCUUCCAACAGCACUUUUUAAAUAUCUUCGCCAAAAUAUCUGCAAAAAUUUUGUAAUCCACAUUAAGUAAUGAUAUAGGGCGGUAGUUCUUAAGUUGUGUCUUUUCAGUCUCUGUUUUUGGUACAAGUGUAAUAUAUGCUUCUUUCCACGACUCUGGUGCCCUCUUCCCCUCCAUAAUUUCGUUGCAGACCUCUUUCAAUGGUUGAAUUAACCAUUCUUUUAAAGAUCUGUAGUAUCUAGAGGUCAAACCGUCUGGUCCUGGAGAUUUACCCAGUUGCAUAUUUUGAAUGGCACCUUCUAUUUCCUGUUCAGUUAUUCUGUCAUUCAAAAUUAGUCUCUUUUCUUGAGAUAUUUUUGUAGUCCAUUUGUUUUCAAAAAUUGGUCUAAAUCUGUUUCUUUCACUGGCCCUUGAGUAUAUAGUCUUUUAAAAUACUUCUGGAAACAACUUCUAAUCUCUGCAGGGUUCUGUAUAUUCCUUCCUUCCACUUCUAAAUUCGUAAUCGUAUUUAGUUUUUGUCUCUUUUUCAUUUGCCAUGCCAACAAUUUACCACAUUUAUUGGCCGAUUCAAAAGUCUUUUGUCUCAUUUGUUUAAUUUUCCAUUCUAUUUCCUGAUUCAUUAUUUUCAUAUAUUGUACUUGAUAUAACUUUAACUCUCUCAGAAUCUCUUGAGAUUUGGGAUUUACUCUCAGUCUUUUUUCACAUUCAUUCAUUUUGUUCAUAAUUUUAUCCUUCUUUUCAUUUUGAGUUCUUUUCUUUAUCGCAUUCUGUUGUAUUAAGAACCCUCUCAUAACAGCUUUACUUGCGUCCCAGAUUACUCUUUUCUCCACGUUGGAACUAAGAUUUAUCUCGAAGUAAUCUCUUAGAGUUUUUUGGGCCUUCUUAAGAAAUUCUUCAUCUCUAAAUAAGGUGUCAUUCAUCUUCCAUCUGAAGGAGCCAGUUGGUGUUAGUCUCAUUUCCAUCUUAACAGCAUUAUGGUCGGAGCAAAUUUUCGGGCAGAUUUCCACCUUUCUUGUCUUUGGUGCCAUUCCUCUAGUUAUCCAAAUUUGGUCAAUUCUUGUCCAAGUCAUUUUGGCUUCAGAAAAGAAAGUUCCCUCUUUUGCCAAGGGGUUUCUAAUUCUCCAAAUAUCCACUAAGUCCAAGUUGUCUGUCAUGUCAAAAAAGGUUUUCGGUAGUCUACCAUCUUUGGUGACUACCUGUCUUUGUGCCUUGUCCAUAUAAGUAGAUACCACUCCAUUCAUAUCUCCCAUCAAAAUCAUGUUGUAAUCCAUAUGGUCCAUCAAGGUCUCAUGCAACUUCUUAAAAAAAUCAGAUUUCCCAUCAUUUGGUGCGUAAACUCCUACAAUCAAAAAUUUUUCUCCUUGUGUUUGAAUUUCAAUUGCCACAAAUCUUCCUUGGUCAUCUUUAAAAACAAAUUUUGGUGAUAAAUUGUCUUUUGCGUAGAUCACAACCCCUCUCUUUUUAACUUUAUCUGACGAAAUAAAUUCCUGACCAAGUCUUUUAUUUAUCAACAAUUUCCUGUGUAAUCUUGUUAUGUGUGUUUCUUGUAAACAAAUUAGGUCCAAUUGUUCCUUUUUUAAUAUAUGAAAUACUGACUUCCUCUUCUGAGGGGAAUUCAAACCCCGACAGUUCCAUGUUAAAAGUUGCAGGGCCAUGAUGUUAUUGUUUUAGUUCUCCUCCUACUGCACCUAGUGCCUGUUCCUCAUCCGUCGGUGGUAUCCCUUCUUUCGAAAGGUCUUUUGGUUCCGGAGAUAGUUCUUUUUGUAGGUCUUCUCCGUGGUCUCUACAAAAUUUGUCUUUGUCGUCUUCCGAUCUUAUUUUCCUCUUCUUUCCUUUGUAGCUAAAAGACAGGCCUUGAGGGAGUUCCCACCUGAAAUUGAUAUUGUUCCUUCUCAGCAGGGUAACCAAGUCUUUAUAUUUUGAUCUGAGAUCCAGAAGAUAUUUCGGAAUAUCUUUGAAUAUUUCCACCCUUGUCCGAUGGAUUUCCAGUGUCUUCUUGAAAUGUAGGCCCAAAAUCUUAUCCCUCUCUUCUUUUGUUCGAAAAGUAAUCAGACAGUCUCUCACCUUCUUCUCUCCUCUUCUCCCGAGUCUGAAGGCAUUUACUAUUCUGAAACUGUCUUUUACCAAUUCUGGAUCCCAAAAGUCCAAAAAUUCCUGCGUGAGAAAUUCAGCUAGAUUGUCCUUUUCCACCUCAGGUACCGAUCUGACCCGCAGAUUCACUUGCUUUUCCUUCAAAUCUAUCAUAGACAGGGUUAGUUUAUGGUCUUCCAAUUGUUUGUGCAGUGUUGGUAAUUCCUCUUGAACCUCUUUAACUUCCGUAGCAGAAGUUGUAGCAAUUUCUUUAGCCUCUUCAGCAAUCUGGCGUAUUGAGGCCGAUUCCUCUAAUAAUUUCUGAAUAGUCUCUGUGUUAGUAUUUACUUUUUGGCCCAAAUGAUUUAUACUUGCUGUAUUCUGGUUAAUACUUGCUGUAUUCUGGUUAAUACUUGCUGUAUUCUGGUUAAUACUUAUUGUAUUUUGAUCAAUCUUAUCAGAAGCCUCUGCUACUUGUUGACUUAUUCUAUUCAAAGAUUCAUUAACUUUGGCCAAAACUUGAGCAAAGGCUUCCUCACUUGUCGUGCUUUUUACCUUUAAUUGUGCCGAUGAGGCUGUUGUUGAGGUUCCAGAAGGGCCUGAGGCCGAAGAUCUCCUUUGUAAUCCUUCUUCUGUGCAAAGAGGCCUCCCGAUCUUGUGGUCGAAGCAUCCGCCUUCUCUUUCCCAUCUGCCAUUCCUUAGAUAAUGCUCAAGGUCAGUCACGUAUUUGAAAUUGAACAGUGGAAAUUUCCUGCCAAGCAGUGUGAGAACUCCUCAAGUCUGCUACAGUUUCAGUUGUAACAGUCAUAAAAGUUCUUGGAUACUUUAAUUUCUUUUUUUUUUUUAAGCCCCCCUAGUUUAUUCAGGACGAAAACAGUCUAUUCACAAUUUUUAACUUAGGACCAGGUGAUAUAUAUUCACAUAAAUUGUCCAAACUUUUAUUUCUUGUGCAGGACUAGCUAUCAAAAUAUAUUACAAGACAGUACCUCUCUUUCUUUCCUGAGAUCUGGAGAUCCUUUCCCAGGGAAUUGAGUGGUGGUUCGAUCCCUUCUUUCCACUCUUUAUGAAGAAAUCACAUCCACAAUUCUCCCCCCUUUUCCCUCAAUUUAGAAAGGGAAAAGUCCAGGUUGGAUGAUUGGAUUAAAGUCCGCUAAAACGUACUUUUCAAUUGCUUCCGCUUUCAAGUUCAAUGCUUUAUUUUAUCUACAAAUAAAGAGGCUGACUUCCUUUUUAAGCCUCUUUCCGUUUUCGGCCAGAUUCCAGUUUUGUACAGUUCCAAUUUAAAUUGUAUCCUACUCACGGAUCGUUGAUUUUCAGGUCCGGAUUUUAAGGAAGAAAGGCAGCGCUCUCCGAUCAACAGCUUGCGGCUUCACACCACGAACGAGCAGACAGCCCACAGCACAGCGCUCUCCCCGCUCCGCUUCUAAGCCCGUUGCCGGGCUUCUUACCGGGUUGGGGGGGGCGCCAAAUGUGCCCGCUGGGUUCCAGGCUCACAGGCUUCUCCCGCCUGUGAUUUUUGGGGGUCCCCCGCUACGCCGAAAGCGGGAUCCGACCCUUAAUUCGCGGUGAGAUUUCCUCCGGUGGAGGAAAUCCGCCAUUAAUUGCUGGCGCCGCCUCCGGAAGUCUAUUACACCAUUGUAUUUAAAGCCAACGAUUUCAUGUUGUAGUCUCACUGUGAAGUUCCUUUGUUUCAAGUUGGCUAUUUUAAGAUCAUUCACAGAGUGUCCUUGGAAGGUUGAAAAGUCCCCCCCACUGGCACUUUAAUAUUGCCAUUUCUAAGGUCAGGCCCUGUUUGCCCUGUACAUUUAAAGCAGUAUUGUGCCAUUCUAAACAGUCAUGGUUUUCCCCUGGGAAAGUAGUAUAUUGAAGGUGCUGAGCAUUGUUAGUAGGCCUCUGUUCCCCUCAGAGAGCUACAAUUCCUAGAGUUCCCUGGGAAGAUGGAUUGGUAGUUGAACUAUUUUGCGAAUUGUAACUUUAUGAGGGGAAUAGAGGCCUACUAACAACUCUCAGCACCUCCAAUAUACUACAGUUCCCAGGAUUCUUUGGUGAAAACCAUGACUGUUUAAAAUGGUAUGAUGGUGCUUUGAAUACAUAGUGCAUAUGGGGCUCAGUUUUAUGUCCAUUUACCCUUUUGCAUAGAGACUGGACUGUUUGCCCUGUGUAAAAUGUGUUGUUGGUAGAUGAUACCAUGUAUCACAUUGGAAGAUGAGCAGGUGAACGGAGACAUAGUGCUGCCAGAGUCAAUAUGUGGUCAGAAUUAACAUCUGGGAUUGCCACAACGGCUGGUCUUUGUUAUGUGGCCUGUUGCUGCUAGCUUGAGGGUCUCUCUGUAAGCAAGUACAGCCUUUACACCCAACGAAGUGUCAUUGUGCAGAAGGGACUAUAGAUCAUCUAAGCUGCAUUUGAGUACUUACAGCUGCAAUGUGUGGCAACAAGUGGCCUUCUGUCAUUUCCCCUUCCAAAUCUUUUAGAUUAUGCCUUGGUACCAGUAAUUUAAUUACUGAAUGAGUGUACUUAUACUGAACGCAUGGGCAGAAGGAAAAGAUAGCAGUUUUGUUCAAACAAACAUUUAGUGUUUGCAUUCUAGAGCGACUGAGGCAGAGUUCCUCAUUUCACGAUAACUUCUGUUGAAUCUGGAAAAUCUAUGUUACUUUUGAUUUUAUGUUGGGGUUCUGUGUGUCUUGCGUCUAACAGAAGCAGUGAGCAAAGAUGGACAGACAUAUGUAUAUUUUUCUGAGGAGCAAUUGAGAAAAUUCACUCGUCCUGUUUUAUGGGAAGAAGCCAGAUUAAAAACUCAGAAAGAAGUCCAGCAAAGUGAAGGAUGGUGAGAUUGUCUAACUUUUCUUUGACUUUUAGCAGCCCUGCCCUUUCCUUUUUGACACUUUCGCCUCUCACAGCCUACCUCUGUUAUUCUACCCCCUUAACUAACUAAUUGGCACCAAGAGUGCUGGACUGAAGCCCAGUUUUGGAAAUCAGUACUUGUGGCAAUUAUUUUAAGUUACUGCUUUUUGCUACCACUAUCUUCCCCUGCAGGCUUCCUCUGCAGAUCUUAGGAUAUUUCAUUUCUGUAAAUCAACAGGAAUGUGUUUGAAACUUAGUGCUGCAAGAAGCUGAGGUUCUGAGGUGCAGAGAAAUUUUCAGAAGGCGAUUGGAAAGUAUCUGCAGUACCUUUAUAUCAUCAGAUUGAUCCAUUUGAUUAGAUCUUGGGAAGGUUGUGAGAAUAGCUGUAUUUGGAUAUAACACUGGCCAUAAAGCUGUGUUUGUUUAUUGCAGGAGUUGCCAACCCUUUUGGAGUUGUGGGCACAUUUCAAAUUUUGAGAGUGUUCUGGAGGUGCCAGGGACAAGAUGGCUGCCAUGGAGGAGCACGGCAUAGCACAAAAUGAGAGAGAACCCCACCCCUGGCAAUCUUAUGCUUGCCAUGGGAAGUCAGCUACAUCCUGCUGGCCCCCAUUUUGGAUGCUGUUGUUGUCUAAUAACAACAGGAUGCAUUCCUCAGUGCCAGGAAAAGACCAGAAGGUAGCCACAGCACUCUCAUGUCACAUAAAUCACUAAGAAGUUACCUUAGUAACUACAUUUUGCCCCAUAACUUUCUAGGAGGGCUAGAGACUUACUUUUUUCCAAAAAUGAAAGCUCACAGUCUGAGCACUUUCCCAGGGCAGCGCUGGAAGCCCAACCAGCCGGCUCCCUGGUGCCUGCAAGUGCCAGGUUGACAACAUCUGAUUUAUUAGAUAGGAUCUCAGGUGAGAUUACAGCCAGAACAAACUGCAACAAACAUUGAGUGCUUAAUCAUAGUUUUUACUAAGCUAAUCCUUCUGUGUUUGUUGCCUCAGAGGAAUUGAUGAGCAGAGCAGGGAGUGUUCAAGCCAUAGGCACCCACAUACAGUCCAGUUUGUUUAGUAAUGUUUUGUGACCAGUGUUGCAUCUGAAUGUGGCUGUACUUAAUAAUGCAUUGAAUAAUUAUUGUUUGUCUUUCAAACAAUAAUUGAAAGGUUGUAUGAGAGAGACGCCCUUGGUGUGGGAUGACACCUUCAUUUGAAAGCUUCGACCUUUUAAACAUGUCUAUUCCCCUUUUAAACACACUGAAACUUUGAUUUGAAAAUGGAUCCUAAAAGAUUAUGCAGCUGAGAUCGAAAAGCCCCCCCCCCCCCCCGUUGCAUUUGCAAUCAUAUUUUGAGCCAAGAGGCAUGGUGGUAACUUCAGAGCCGUCAGAUUGCAAGAGAAGCUAAGUAGGCAAAAUUAACAAAGAAACACAGAAUUGUAGAGUUGGAACGGACCCUGAGCGUCAUCUAGCCCAACCCCCCGCAAUGCAGGAAUCUCAGCUAAAGCACCCAUGACAGGUGGCCAUCAAAUUUCUGCUUAAAGACCUCCAAAGAAGGAGAGUCUACCACCCUCUAAGGGAGGCUAAGUUUUUAAGCAGAGGUUGGACGGCCAUCUCAUGGAUGCUUUCCUGCAGGGGGCUGGACUCUGUCACCCUCCGGGCAACUUCCAACUCUGCCAUUCUACCCUCUAAGAAUGAUCUGACAGCAUACUUGAAAGCAGCACUGAAGCCAUCAGAGGAUGGGAUAGACAAAUAGGAAAAGUGGAUAUGGUGCAAACUGCCCGUGCAGACUAGAACCUCAGCAUUGAGCAGACAGGAAAAUGAAAGAGUCUUUAGAAGCACAUUGUGGUUUUGCAGCUCUGGCUAGAAUCUGAAAAAGACAUUGUGGAACUAGGAAGGUAUGGGGAAGCUGCAGCCCAUGGGCUAAACUUGGCCUGCCAGGAUCCCGAGUUGACCUGCAAGCCUGUUUUCCCCAAACCCACAGCCACUCAAGUUGCAUUUGAUGUAGAGACAAGACAUCAGGUGUGGGGAAGGCAGAGAUGGGGCUUCAAAGGAACAAUUGGGAGCUUAUAGUGAGCAAGGUUUGCUUCUACCAUUCAUCAGUUGAUGGGAGGUGGGAAAGUAUUCUGCUCCUGCAGCAUUUUGCCAGCAUCUGCUACAUGAAGGAGAACUUCUCUGUGCAGUAGAUGCCUGCAAAAUGAGGGCUUCUUUCUCUCUCCCCUGCUCCCCCAUCAGCUGGUGGGAAGGAGAAAAAAAUGCUUUGCCAGCCCUAUGCUCAGUGCUUCCCAAAAUGUAGAGUAGGGCUGAAAACUCCCUUUGCGCUGCAGUUCCCAAGCAGCUAAUAGGAAACAGUCAUUCAGGUGCUUGGGAACCCCAUGUGAGGGAUUUUGCAGGACAACUCACCUGUCAAUCAUGCUGGCAUAAGGAUGUUAUGAGUUGGCCAACAAGGAUGGGGCAGAUAAAGAUCUGUCCUCCAGAGCUAAAGAGGACUCUCACCCCAACCUAAACAAAUGAAGAAUUGGACUAUCUUCGCUGCAAUGAAAGCUAAAAUAUUUAGAUCUUUUUAGUUUUACAGACAACUAAGUGGCAGAGAGGAUAGUGUUUUAUAUAACUAUGUACAAUGAGGAAAAACAGGUUUUUGUCUGCUGUUAUUAUACUAGAUCUUGGCCAUCUAGGGAAACUGGUUGACAGUAGAUUCAGGAAAGUACUUCUUUACAGAAGUAAAAGGUAAAGGACCCCAGAACGGUUAAGUCUAGUCAAAGGCGACUAUGGGAUGCGGUGUUCAUCUCGCUUCGGGCCGAGGGAGCCGGUGUUUGUCUGCAGACAGCUUUCUGGGUCAUGUGGCCGGCAUGACUAAACUGCUUCUGCUGCAGCGGGACACCGUGACAGAAGCCAGAGUGCACGGAAACAUCGUUUACCUUCCAGCUGCAGCAGUACCUAUUUAUCUACUUGCACUGGUGUGCUUUUGAACUGCUAGGUUGGCAGAAGCUGGGAUAGAGCAAAGAGAGCUCACCCCCGUAGUGCGGAUUCAAACUUCUGACCUUCCAAUCAGCAAGCCCAAGAUGCUCAGUAAUUUAGACCACAGUGCCACCUGUGCCCCACUUUACACAAGAUGUGCUAUUGGAUAUAUGAUUCAUGUAUUCAUCUAAGAUACAGCUAAAUGGAACUUGUUAACACUGUUUUGAUCACUUGUGCAAAUAGCAUGCUGGGCUAGAUGGAAACUUGGGUCUAGUUCCAAUAGAAGUGCUGUUAUACUUACUGAUAUUUCAUAAUUCUGGUAAAAGCAAAUAAUUCCCUUUGCUUGAUAUUUUUCAUUGCCUAGGUCCAAAAUAAAAACUCAGUCUUUUGCUAAGCUAUAUUCUCAUUCAUUGUCUCCAAUGGAAUAUUGUGCCAGCCAGCAAACUGUGAACAACAAAGAACUAAGUAUUUCCAGUGGAGGAGAUCUAACACAGGUCAUUUCAGAAGCGGAUCAUCUCCCUGAGUACCUGUCUGCCAAGUUGCAACAGGAGAAAAGAGAGAGCAGGAGGUAAAAGUUUUUCUCCUUUUUGUAAGUUGUGGGACCCCACAAGUUAACAUGAUGGUGCUGAGUAAUAGUUCACAAUUCUUAAUCUCUGUAAGUAGCCCCAAAGCUUUGAGAAAACCACUGUCAUUCAGCCUCUUCCCCCACUCCCAACACACAGCCGCUCUGAGAGGAUACCAUGGUCUGUGGCUUGAGGUUUUUUAAGCCAGUUAGAUGUACACGGUACGUAGCACAGCUUGUGAAUACAGGCAAUAUCAUAAUUGGGUGUUUUUCAUUCUUGGGAGUGUUUCAUUUUGGCGCUGAGACAUAGGUUUAGGUAUCCUGUCCUGCAGUGCUUUAUUUUUUCAAGAAAAAUAGGUGCUGGAACUCACCAUGAAGUUGUUAAGUAAGUCGUCAGGUGACUCAGGGCAGCCCUGAACAGAUACUGGUUUGUCAACAGCCAUGUUCACCUCCUACAAAGAUGCUAAAAACUAUGGCAAGCUGUCUCCGUAAUUGGUUUGUUCCAGUGCAGGUCAAACAAAUGCUCCCUGCCUCCCUUGUUCUCUUAGACUCAGGAGGGUGCCUAGGGCAGCUUGGAAGCGCCCUUGUGCAAAUGUGCACGUGUGCAACUGUAGAAGGCUAGCUGGAAAGUUUAAAGGCUGCUGCCACUACACAGGAGAUAGAGUGAAGAAAAGGAAAUACAAAUUGGCCCCAUAGCUUGACCAAUCAUGGCUAGGAGCUAGAUGGAGUCUUAGAUCUUAAAAAACGGCCAACUUCCAUUUUGACUUGAAAUGUUGGUUUAGGGCUUCUCAGAAGUAUGUAAAGGUCAGAAGCAGGUUGGGGUGAGCAUUGACCUGUUUGGGGGUAAUGGCGCCCACGUGAGAGGUGCCAGAACUUCAUUCUGGUGCGCUCCAGCUGAAAAAAGCACUGCUGUCCUGUGAGUUGAAGGGUGAGCUGCCUCCAGGAUCUUAUUGGAACCAGCAUUGCAAGCUUCAUGUACCUCUGGAGAGUACAGAUAGGAAACUUAACUGGAAAAUACAAGUAUUUGUUUCCCCUGAAAAUUUAAAAUGUACCGUUACACAAAGAAGAAAAUGCUUGUUUCUUUGAACUUUCCUACCAACUCUUUGUUACUAAAAGUAAUGACUGUACCACAAUACGUUAUAUCAGAGUUUUAAAACAGGAAACAUUUAAAACCAGCAAAUAAAUAGUCAGAGUCUGGCUAGACAAGGAGGAGUGGUGGGAGGCUACAGCUGGGGAACCCCUAAGGAAGCAUCCGAGUGGCUCCAAGGCUCUGAACCAGGAGAAGUUGGUGGGAUACAGAAGAUAAGCCACAGGAAGAAGGUGAGGACAAAUGGGUUGGAGGCUGAGCAAGCAAGAGGUUUAAGUAGAGUGAGGCAGCUGAGGAGGAAGGGGGAGGCUCAGAUCCUCAGUUCUGGCAGCUGCUUCAUUGGGUUAGUUCUGCCCAUGGAGUUCCUGCUAGGUUUUGUCUCUCUGAACAAAAAAUCAACCUUACUGCUCAUCUCUGAGUUUUUGUGCUGAAUCACAGUGGAACCAGCCCUGACAUAAAGACACAGAAUAAUAGGCAAUGAAUAUGUAUAGCAGGCGGUCAAACUCGCCCAAAGUCCUGACUAGAAGCUGCUGCCAAAACAUAAUAAGGGUGAGUGCCAGCCAUUUUGAGGGUGAGGGAAUUCCACAAUUAUGCCUCUGCCGAUAAUACUUCUCCCCUCUUGUGGUGGCAUGUAGAAUCCCUGGCCGACAGGAGAGCGUUCCCCAUCAGUCUUCGCAUGUAUCUAAAUUCUGAGCUGUUAGUAGCUUUCUGCGUCUGUUCAAACACCUUGAACUUGUCUCAAUAGCAUAUAAGCAGCCAGUGCAUCUCCUUCAGUGGAUAGAGUAUGAUCAUUUACCCAUUCUUUUUGUCCUUUGCCUUUGUUGGCCUAGGUUUGAGGAGCAGCUGCAGCAGUUGUUAGUGAAAGACUCUGAGACAUUCCAGGAUUUUCCCUCUCUUCCUCUGUACCUUCCUGAAACUCUGGUGGCUAUGCCUCAGAUUAUCCAUCCCCAAGCCAAAACACCAGUGCUGAGAAGCCCAGAGGUAAACUCUAGAAAAAUAGAGUGGAAUAAAUCAUAUAGGGUUGCUAUAUUUACAUGAAGUAUCUGUAACUGAUAGAUUUUAUAGUUUUGUGGGUGGGGGUGGUUGGAGAGGAGGGGCUGCUAUGUAUGGGUGUCAAAUAUGCCUGAUUCUGGGCUUUCAGCUUCUAUGGUGAUUUAAUUUUCUCUGACUUAGUACACUUAAGCUAUAAAACUUGAUUACUAUAAUCAGUUUUCCUGGAAAGCCCACAUGUUUUGGGGUUGGAUCUAAACAUAGUUGAACUUCAGUCACUUUGGAAUCAAUGGAACUUUUGUCAUAACCAGUUUAUCCCAUUGAUUCUGGUGAGAUUUAGGUUCCACUAACUUGGGUUGCAUCCAGUGAAGUUGCCCCAUGUAUUGCGCAGGAGAGCUUCUCCUUCCUCUCUUUUCCCCAUGUGCCACCGAUAAAAUCUGCUCCGGUGUGGGGGGGGGUAAGGAAAAGAGGGGGGAGGAUAGUUUCAUUUUACAAGGGGAAGUCUUUGCAUGAAUGGGAUGGUCAUUAUAGAUCAGGGUGGGGAAUCUGUGGCCCUCCAGUUGUUGCUGGAGUGGAGCUGCCAUCCCAUUGGUUAUGCUGACUGGGGCUGCUGGGAGUCCAGCAACGGUGAAGAGCCACAAGCUUCCCAUCCCCACUGUAGAGAGUGUAAGCCACGGGUGCCACACGGUUGUGCCACUUCUGGAGAGGGGCAAGAGGGCAACCAGCCUCGACUUUGAGAUGGGAUCAAACCUACAAUUCUUCCUGCCUCUUGGACACUCUUUCCCAGCCCAGGAGAACUAGAGGCAGAACCACUCCUUGGAGGGGGCCCUUGAAUGACCCUGAUGCCUCCCUUGAACUUCAAUUGCAACACCCCCUCCCCCCAAAAGUAGGCACCGCUCUACUGAAGGAACAUCUAAGCAGGGUUUAAAUUUAUAAUUGUUUUCUAUAGCCUUUUAGUGUCCCCAACAAUUUGCCGUGUCCUACAGCAACGUGUGUGAAUGAAUGUGGUUAUUCUAGGCUGUUAGAUUAAGUGCUUCUGGUUAGGGGGCAGGUUGGGUGUGCUGCUAAACUGUUGGCUUUCUCAAAAAAUAUUUUAUACUGUAUUAACAAUUUUCUCUUUUGCUCUUUAGGCUGCAAGUUGGACAGAACUGAGAGACACAGAUACCCCUGUGUCGCAAAGAUUUGCCUAUUUAAAACAACUAAUCAGGGCUAACAAAGAAGAAGAAAUGACUUGUGAGCUCCACCUGUCAACAUUGCUGGACAUGAUAGAUGCUUGA